CGGGGGCUGGGAGGCUGAGAGCUGGCUGCUGGUAAACAGUGUGGACCGCGUGUCAGAGACAGGAGCAGCUGCUGAGAGGAGCCUGCAGCACGGGGGCCAGGAGCUCGCCACACAGGGGUAGGAGAAGCAUGGCUGGGGGAUAGCACGGGGUGUGCUGGGCUUCCUGGAGCUCUCAGGGAGGAGGCCCUGGGCUGAGCACCACUCCAGCUUCUCUGGGCUAUCCCACUAUCCUCAGCCAGCCAGUCAGCUACAGCAAGGGCAGGGGGUGUACUGGACAGGACCCUGAGAGAGGCUGCUAAAGCAUCAUGGGAGUUGUAGUCUUAUUACAGGGGAGGAGAGCUACAGAGGGAGUGACCUAUACUGCAUGAUAAUUAUAUAUAUAUAUAUAUGGAUUCUUUAUAGGAUAAUGUUAUGGGGCUGUGACUUGUGUACAGGGCAAUGGGGGUGCAGGGCAAUGGGUGUACGGGGCUGGGGACAGGGCGACAGGGGGAUGAGUGUCCUGGGGAUGGGUGUCCCGGGGCUGGGGACAGGGCAACGGGUGGCUGGGGACAGGGGGAUGGGUGUCACGGGGCUGGGGACAGGGCGACGGGUGGCUGGGGACAGGGGGAUGGGUGUCACGGGCUGGGGACAGGGGGAUGGGUGUCCCGGGGCGGGGGACAGGGCGACGGGUGGCUGGGUACAGGGGGAUGGGUGUCCCGGGGCUGGGGACAGGGCGACGGGUGGCUGGGGCCACGGGGAUGGGUGUCCCGGGGCUGGGGACAGGGCGACGGGUGGCUGGGUACAGGGGGAUGGGUGUCGGGGGGCUGGGGACAGGGCGACGGGUGGCUGGGUACAGGGGGAUGGGUGUCCCGGGGCUGGGGACAGGGCGACGGGUGGCUGGGGCCACGGGGAUGGGUGUCCCGGGGCUGGGGACAGGGCGACGGGGGGAUGGGGACAGGGCGACGGGUGGCUGGGUACAGGGGGAUGGGUGUCAUGGGGCUGGGGACAGGGCGACGGGUGGCCUGGGCUAGUUUUGGUAAAAAGGGGUUAAUGGGUAUACCUUUCUUGUUGUAUAUUAUGGUCAGUGUAGUCCAUGGCAGUCUGUCUUGAGGACACUGUGCCAGGUGUUGGGCUGACAUUGGUAUACAAGUGGUUAACUUGUAUAAAUUAGGGUCUCCACCUUAUGGAAAAUGCAGUUCACAGCAGAUUUUUUGAUGCCAGGUUAUGGUCUAUGAUUGACUAAAGUUUAUUAAUACCCAUAAUAGCUGGGUUUUACUAUCUUUUCUACGUAGCUUCACAUAGCGAUUUAUUCAUUAAACUCUGAAUUGUAGCAAAUUUAAAUAAUGAAAAGUUGAGGUGAAAAUAACUGAUCUGGAAAACAUCUCGUUGGUUAUUUUAACCUCAAUGUUGCAAAAAAAACGAAGUUUAUUGAAUAACCUGACAUUGACUGUGGGUCAGCAAGGCAUGGGAGGGCUGGAUAUCCCAGUCGGCUGUAUGUUACAUAAUGUUGUAGUGAACCUGUUUUGAAAAAAAUAACUUGCCUGGAAUAUCUCCCAUAUACAUUGAAUACACCAUAUAUCAGAUACAUGGUGUUUUCAGUGUAAAAUAUAGUUUUACUCACAUUUUCUCCAUUCCAGCGUCGCUAUUAUUCUUUGUGUAACACAUCCCUCCUGGCUGUCUUUCGUCUCGGCCCUUUCCAAAGUCUUUUAGUUACCCUGCAUGAGACGCAUCCCAGAGCAAGGCAAAUCUUGUCAUCAACGUUGGCAUGCUGGCGUUGUGACAAUGAUAUCUCACUGUUCCUAUUCUCCCUAGCCAGUGCUUGAAGCACUGCAUAGGUAGUGUCCAUAGCAACCACAGUGCGUUUGCUGUGGUUGCUAUCGGAGAGCAUAGGUGCAUCCUGUAGAAGGGAAAAAAAAAAAAAACUAAUCUAGACAUUUGUUAGCAAAACUGCUAGCACAAUGUAUAGGUAAACUCUUAUGCUCAUUCUACUGGGUAGAAGUUGUUUUGGGUCCCUGUAAGAGGUACCUAACUAGUACUUUUCAGCCUUGUGUGGAAUUUACAUGUUUCCAAAGAGCAGUUAAUCAUGGCCAUUCCCACUGCAUGAGAAGUGUGAUGUUCAGUCCGCUAAAGCAAAACCUUUUUUGGACAGCUGGUGGCCGGUGGCCAUCAUGGGCUUAGAGAGCUGUCUGUGAUUGAUAGACUGCCUGAUUAUUUCAGCCUUGCAAUCUCAAUUCGGAGCUAGACCAUGUGUAGAUAGGUAACUAGAGGCUGUGGUAUACAUUCAGAUUGUACAUAGUGUACAUUUUCCAUUAUAACCAAUGUGUUUUUAUGGUACAGAUUGUUCAUACAUAGUCUUUUAACCCCAUAAUGUAUUUGGUCUUUUCUGAACAAUUUCUGGAAGUUAGAAUGAUUGAGAAGAAAUUUCCUGCCUGUUAGUGUCUUUUAUAAUCUUGAUUACUGCCAAGAUCCACUUUUUCCAGCUUGCUCCAGUUGAAAUUGUAAUCACUUUUUUUUUUUUUUCUUCUUCAGUUGGCACAAACAAAUCAGCCCUUUUAACUAUAUUUGUCGUGCUGAAUGGGUAUAAAUCUUUGCCUCUAUUAUUCUAGGAGUUUACGCCUCUUUACUUGCAAUCUGGGAAUAAAGAAACUGUGAUUCUUAAAAAAUUGCCCUGCUACUUGCAAAAUAGGUAUUAGUGAAUAUAUGAUCACAGGAGAGCUGUCUGUUAUUGUGGAGUAUUCAAUAUAUAUUAUUUCAUGUUUUUCUGAUCGAAGGCAUUUGUGUCUUUCACAGGAUCUGCCUUUCUUCAGGACAGGAUCUGAUCUGCUGGUUACUUUGUUGCAGUGAGAAUAAGUCCACACUAGUGUCUCUGCCAUUUGUUUUUAUAUCACUGUGUCUUUCUGACCUUGAUACAGAAACCUUAUCUUCCUGCUGCUGGGUGCCAACCACAGGGGGCAGAGACUAUUUACUGACUCUGAUUAACAAUAUGUGAUACUCAUACCUUGUGUUGCUGAGCUCCAUGCCAGGGAAGGGGUUAAAUUCAAUCUUUAAUAACACUACCCAGAGAUCCUCUUAAAGCAGUCUGCGUAUGCAGAAGUGUCUGUCACAACUAGUUUGGUUUCCUGGGCCGGCCUUUUAGGUGAUGUCUUGCGGCCGAGUGAAAGCAGUUCUGCUUUUGAUUGAGCCUCACGCUGGCUGGACACAGUGCUCUGGAAAGACUUGAUAGUAAAUGACAGAGGCAGGAGUCACAGUGUGUCCCUUCACUCGGAUGACCUUGUAGUGUGCACUGUAUAUAUGUUGCUUUGCUAUUGCAGGCUGGUAUCCACCUGAAUUAUAACAGUAUUGCUUUCUGCUCAAAUUAUCUCUAAUACAGUGUUUUGUCUUUAAAGUGACACAUUUUUAAAAUAAAUUUUCUGGUUUAAAUGAUGGCAUUCUCUGAUCAUCAGACCAAGAUAUCAGUACUGAUAAUUUAAUAACGUUCAUAUACACUAAAUUAAUAAUCCUGUUUCAUCAUGACAUGCCAAGGUGACUGAAUAAGAAAUCUCUGUGAUAAAAGUGCUUAUUUUAGACCUUGCACAAUGAACGAUCUCUCUGAAGGUGCUGAUUCAUCUAAACAAUAAAUAGAACCACCUUUUCAUUAAAUGUAGUCAUUCUUCUUUCUUUGUUCCUUUAAAUGCGCAAACCCUGUCAAGUCAAAUUUGAGAGAUAAUUUAAGGAAUGAACAUACCACCCAGGAAAGGUGGGAAAAAAAUAAAUAUUUUUUCCUCCCACCCCUCUAUUGUAUUAAUUGUUGACUGCAGUCAUGUGAUAUCUGAAUUGUGGGCAUUAUACAUAAAGUGCUAGGAGAACAAUAUGGGAAUGGUCCGAGCUCGAGUUAGCAUACUGCUCAGGUUGUGUGGGACUUUGCCCAGCUGGCAUGGAAAUGUGUUUUAAGCUUUAGCUAGUUUUGUAUCAUUGAGGGCUUCUGCAAUCACAUUCCAGGGCUUAGUGUUUCAAUCGGUUCUACAGUACGCAGAGUUUAGUGAGUUGGAAUGGAAUUAGUGCAAGUUUGGCACUGGCAUUUAACUGCAUAAUUAGCCUUUUUUACUACUGGAUUUAAAAGGAUUUGUCGUUUAACAGAGCAUCAAAUUUAGGAUAAAAAUUUAUUUUGUGUUUCCAUUUGAAAUAAUGGCUGCAAGGAUUACCAGGUCUCUGUAUGUCUUAGUUAUUCAAAAACAUUUUUUUUUUUAUUUUAUUUUUUUUUACUUCUUUACACACAUUCCUGUUUUAUGCAUUUAAUUGCUGUUGAAAUGGCCAGUUUACAGUAUGGAAUCUGUGAAUGUUCUUGUUUUACAAUCUGUAUAACCAUUAUAAAAUUGAGUAAAUGUGCCUAUUUUAGAUGACAAAUAUGUUAAGUCAGACACCUUUUAUGGCUAUGAAUUAAAAGUAGGGAAUGAUCAAAUAAAAUGAGGUUGCAUUGGCAUAGUCAUGAGCUAAACAUAGCUUUAAAAAGAGUUCUUGUCUUCUUAGUUAGCUACCAGUGUGGAAGGAUGUAUAGUACGAGAGCUCUGGAGUCAUGGCUCCAAGAAUCUACUUUUUUAAUUUUUAUUUUUUAUUUUUUUUAAAUUCUUUAUUUUUAUUGUGCAAGUGAUAUCAAACGAGCCCGUGUUGCCACAUCAGCAGUCACAAGCUUAAUAGAAUCUUACAUUGUCAAACAUGGCAAAUAGAUAGUCUGCACAGUUUUAUAUUAUUAAUAAACAGGUGUUAAACUGAGAAGGCAUCAAUAAUAAUGAGAGCAACAUAAAAUGAGAUAGCAACAUAAGAUUAAGUCUAAAGAUGAAAGCAUUGCUAUUCAGGCUUACAGUGCUAACAUUGCUUAGGUGAGCAGUUAUCCUGGCUUGGUGUCACAUUAAGUUGGCAUUAACUAAUGUAUCUGCGUUGAUAUCGCUUUUCAGGCGCUUUCACCUGUUUUGUAUAUCAGGACAGGUGAGGUACACGCUUCUAUAGAACAAAGUGCCAUAAAGCAACAUUUGGUCUGCGCUCUAAGUUAUGGUCAUUCAGUGUUAUGGUGUCAGGAUCUCCACCUCGGCGUACACGUGCAUAUUAAACAGGCUAAACAAUAGCGUUGACAUUAGCGUAUUUUUGUUGGUAAUUAGUGGCUAAGUUUGUUGGAUGAUCUUGCUACGUUAACAGAUACAGGCAUGUAAACUGAGUGUUGUAGGAUUGAAAUGUGUAGUGCUAUACGCUAGCUUAGCCUUCAUGCUGAAGACAUGUUAGUUCUUGUAUUCAGUUAUACAGUCUGCCCGUUCUAUGUUCAUUACAGAUAAUGCUGGUUUACAGUGCUAUAGAUGUAGACAUGCUGUUGUCAUAAGACAUCCAGUAUAUAAAAACAAGUGAUUAUAGGAACACAUUCUUUGUGAGAAAAGGACAUAGAUUGAUCAUGAGCACUGUGUGCUAUCAGAUUAUAUUAAGGAAAGCAUAACUGGUGAGAGUGUAAAGGUAUAAUAACAAGAAGGAUCAAUUCAGUACUUGCUCAGAGUGGUUGUUUAACUGUCUGGAACACAUAUUUGAGUAUGCAUGUUGUGAACAAGUAGUGAUACAGGAGCCGACCCAGAUACUGUAGUAUUACAGUGUGGGGAAGUCUGCUUUGCUGUCUGGGGUCAUCCAAUGCCUGCAAUGGCAAUCCGUUGGUGCUGUGUGCCAUAUUCCAUCGAGGCAGGGGCUGGGGCAGUGUCCUGAGAGGUAAAAUCCUUUGGGCUGUUGCAUUUGUUCGGCGCAUGGAAUAGAUAGGCAGAGGGUCGUGGCUGAUCUGUGCACCCUGGCUUGGUAGCUGUUCCCCUUUUUCAAUGGCUCAGCUGUAGUAGCGCUAUGCUGUGUCAUUCGGUCCUUCCCUCGCCUUGGGUAUUUAGAGGAAAGUGGAAGUAUCCGUUUACGGCGGAUGAUCCUCCGUUUGCGCGGCAUGUGCAGGGAGGCAUUGCCUCGGGGUGCUGUCCUCUUAGGUGGCGUUAUGGCCAUUGCUUUGGCUAUGUUUUUCUGCUUUGGGCGGUUAAUGCCCCUCUGUCUCUCCCUCCGCUUUGUCGUGUUGCUGGUUAAUCGCUCUUGUGGUGUCGUUGCCAAAAUCAGGUGCCUCGGCCGCGUGUGAGAGAGUGUGUGUUGUCGCUUUACCAGUGUAGUUGGUUUCAGAGCGGGUGGUGGUUUCCUCUUUCCCAAUCUCUCCCAAAAUUUCCGGCAUACCUCCUCAAAUUUAGCCUGAAAGGCCGCUGUCCAUUCAUCGGCUGUCUGAGGCGGUGGAUUCGCGGCACUGCCGGCAGCCAUCUUGGCUUGGCCUCGUGGGGUCGAUUGGUCGGAAUUGCUCUUAUAAGUGUCCCAGAGGUGAGUGCUCACCGUAAGCUGGUGGACCGGGAUGACCCCCGCCGGUCCAUAGGGGGGGAAGCGAGAGCCCGCCGCCAGAUAUCCGGCAUGGUGUUGCAGCUGGGGAGCGGCCGUCUCCCCUGCGCCUGCCAUGCUUGUAGGCCUCACAGUGAGUUUAGCUCGGUUCUUCGCUUGAGAGGUAUCGUUCUCCUCACUCCGAUGCCCACUCUUGAGUGCUGGCCUUAUAAUCAUGAUUGUGUGCCGGUGUGGCAGUGAAAUUCGGCUUUAGGUUGCUAAGUUUAGCAGGAGCUGCUGAGAUAAGCGUCUUCACAGCUCUGCGGUUAGGCCCCGCCCCCCUACUUUUUUUAAUUUACCAUACAUUGAUUACUUCACAAAUCAAAUAUAAAAUUAUUUGGUGCUGACUUUUCCAGAGCAGAACAUCAUUUGACUUCAAGACGUGGGGAGUGGAGCUUCUAGCCCUUUUAAUUUCCUGAGGCUGGCUUUUGCCUAUAAUUCCCUCAUUGAAAGAUGAUCUACCUAUUUAAUGUUCUAGAGCUGUCAGGUUUAUAUUGGGUGGGGACCAAACUGAGCCCAAAUUGCAACUGAUUUUCUUUCCCUCCAUUUACCAUCUCCUUUUUUUUUUUUUUUUUUCUGGAUUUAUCCUUUUCUCUCUCUUUCCACCCGCUCUGACUCUGUUCCUUACUCUUUUUUAAUAUAUAUUUUUUUUAUUUCUCCUAUAACCUCCUCAGAUGUGCGUGGGUGGGGGCUGUGACCAUAAUUAUUAUUUUAUAUACAUUUCAUUUUUAUUUUUUUGUCUCUCCUUUUUUUUUUUGUGUGUGGGGGAAUCCUCCUUCCCAAAUAACAUCCACAAGCAAAACAUUUUUAUCGGAAAUCCAGUGGCUUUUAGAAGACUCUUGCUUGUAUAACAUGGCGGUACAUUAAUGCUAUAGUGUUGGACUUUACAGGAAUACCUAUUUCAUAUUCAGGAUAUGCCAUGUAGGUGAAAGUGUCAGCAAGUCAAUGAUUGGGAAGUAUACUUGACCUCACACACGCCCAGAUUACCCCAAAUGAUACAUGCUACAUCUCAAAAUACCUAUCUCACAGGAGUUGCAGGAUACGACCGUGCCAUUUAGGAUCGAGUGACUGCUUGUGGCACCCUUAGAUGCAAUCAUUACUGAUAGGCAGAUGGUCAAAAAAAAUUCUUCACUGACUUCUAGAUAACAUGUUGUACUAUGCAAAGUGACACAGUUAUGUUGGGCAUGGCAGGUGCACUGAAGUAAGAGGAUAUAAUGUACUGUGUGUUUCAACAGAAAUGAAAAUAACAAGCUUUCUGGUUAAGUAGUGGCUGUUGAGAUAAAGCAUUACAAGUGGCUGCUGCUGACGCAUUCAGUUCUCUGGAAAUUGGAUUUUAUUUAUUUUCACUCUAUGUAUAUCAAUAACUGUAUAUGCCGUGUUUCACUAUGAAAUGCUGCACGUACAGAAUUUAACCAAUUUUUGCUUCCGAGGUGUAAGUCACCUCUGGCAGAUUCACUGGGCUAUCAUUAACCAGCUAGGUCGAAUUCCGUGUACAGAAUGUCAUUGGUUAUGAGCGGUCAGCUGACACUCAGCCAAUGAAUGGCAACGAGAUGUAGCUAUGUAUUUUUCAAGCCCCGUCGUACCUCCUAAGGCUACAGCUAACUAUAUAGUUUUCAGCAUGCUUCUAGUUUGUAGCACACUUCCAGUUAUUAAACAUUAUAUAUACUAUAUACCUGGGAUAUGUGUUUAAGCACAAGUUAAGAUGCUAUGUGUGUCAACCCCCCGGAAUUACAAAAUCUACAUAUUCAAAAAUGAACAAAUGCUGUAGUCUGGUAUCACGUAACAACACUUUGGAUCACUUUUUUUUUUUUAAUUAAAAAUACAAUCUAUACUAUAUUAAGGCAGGUAUCAUUGUUGAAAAUAGUGCUUUGUUUAGAAUAUUGCUCCAUCCAUGCUUUUCGGCUGUGUACAGUUGGAGCGCAGUUUGAAACUGCAUGGUAUGUAGCAAGUGUAAGGAGCUGGGAGUUAGGAGUCAGUAUUUUUCUUGUGCUGUGAUGUUGGAGCUCUAAAUAUAUCCUUUGAUUUAAUAAGACCUCUCUGUUAAUCUGAUUGGCUUUGUCAAAAACUGGUUACAAGAUCACAGAAGGAAUACCCCCCCCACCCCCCAAUAGCUAGCUGAAAUAGAAUGAACACUGAAAUAGUUUUGAACUUUCUGACUCUGGAGCUGGUUUGGGAGAUAAAUGUGGCAGAGUCCACUGAAUAUUUGCCAACAUCCACUAUUUUGUAAUGGCUUGUGUAGGAGUUCAAAUCUUCAUUAUGAAAUUAUUACUUUUCACUUACUUGUCCUACAAGGUUGUUCAAUACAGUGAAAAUAGAAGGCCAAUUCAAAGUGAUUUUCAAAUUUGAGACCGGAGUAGCUGAAAGGAAAAUAAAGCAAACCUUUUGAAUUUUUCCAAUUUGGCUAUUUUCACUUUAAAGGAUCACUAUAGGGUCAGGAACACAAACCUGUAUUCCUGACCCUAUAGUGAAAACCCAUCAUUUAGGUGGCUUGCCCCCCUCAGAGUGGGUUAAAACUCAUCUUAUUUUCAGCUCUCCGCGGGUCUACUGGCCCUGGCCCUGGCCCAUUGGUAACAUCAAAAUUGCUGAUUUUUAGCCAAUAAUGGGAAAGCAUUGGAUAAAAAUUGGCAAGAUGGUGGGCCCAAAUGCCGUUUUGGCCAAUCAGCACCUCCUCAUAGAGAUGCUUUGAAUCAAUGCAUCUCUAUGAGGAAAAUUCAGCGUCCCCAUGCAGAGUGUGGGGACGCUGAGCGUCAGGGCUGCUUACUGUGCAGCACUGAGCCACGAUGCACCUCCAGUGGCCAUCUAAGGAGUGACCACUUGGAGGUGUCCCUAGAGGCAAUGUAGACACUGCCUUUUCUCUGAAAAGGCAGUGUUUGCAUGAAAAAAGCCAGAAGGGAGCGAUUAUACUCACCAGAACAACUACAUUAAGCUCUAGUUGUUCUGGUGACUAUAGUGUCCCUUUUAAAGGGACACUCUACUUCACAAAUGCAAAAGAAUUGAAAUAUCACUGUUUUAAUAGAUAUACCCCAAAUGAAAACAUGCACACACUGAAAUUUCUUUUUUUUUUUUCAUUGGGGUAUAUCUAAAAACUGUUUGCAAAACAGCAACUCUCUUGUCUUGUCUUCAGCGAGCAGCACAUGUGCAGUCAAGCUUCUCCAUAGGAAAGCAUCGUUUCACAUGACCCUUUUUUCAGUAGGUGUUGUGGAAGUGCCUGUAGUACAGCCAUAUAAAAUGUUUUACAUUGCAGGGUAAAGGGAAAAGAGCUCUGCAACUUGGCCACUUCAUUUAGAUGACGUGGUCUGGGUGACUAUAGUGUCCCUUUAGGUGACAUAAGAACACUCGUCUGCAAAUGAAGAUGGCAGACUUGGUCUGUGUUGGUCAUUAUCAGAUGGUGCAAUUCCAUACUGUUAGUCAAAUGUUUUUUUGAAUGUACUAAUUUGCUCACAUGCAUGUUGACACGUAUGCUCUAUCACUUCAAUAUAAUGGAUGGUUUCUUUCUGCCGUAGCAAUUUCAGUUUGUCUUACUUUGGACACUCUUAGCCAAUUGAAUCUGUCCAAAUAUGGAUGUAAUUGCUACCACCAAAACAAAAGUAGGAAAUCUGCAAGGAGGGGCUGGACUGGGGGGCAACUGGCAAAGCCAGGUAAGUGUCAGUGUUUCAUCUUAACACUGUGUGCUCUAGGAACCAUAACCACUACAAAGUCCAGUCUUUACUCUUGUUUGCUGGUUUGCCUAGGGAGAGGGUUACCUUAUAUGACUCGCCAUCUGUUUAACCUAUAAUAUCUAGGGAUAGUUUUCUGAAAAUGAAAUCUUUGCAGCUGUUCCAGGAAUGUACAUUUGUUUAUCCUGGAGUAUUGCAAAUAGCAGACCCAAAGAGCUUGGAGAUUAAAUACACAUUCUUGAAUCACAUAUAUUUUAUAUGUUCCAUUUUUCAUUAUGCAUAGCUUGAUGAAAUUUAUUCUGCAGAAGAAAUAUAAUCCUGGUUUCGAAAUGGGAACCAUGAUAUGUUGUGGGUUUUGUAAAACCUGUGAUAGUGGAGCAGUUGCCAUGGAAACUAUCUGAAUGUUCUUCUGAUUGCUCCACUUUUAGAAUGUCCCAUACACAAAACCUACAAUACACAGAGGGCUUGGGAGAAAAGUGCUGAAUGUGAUGCAGUACGCUAAAAAUAAAACCGUUUUUUUUUUGAUGAAUUCCCGCUCGAUAUAGAAUCCUGAUAUAUAAUUUUUUUUUUUUUAAAUAGGAUUUCUGACCGUGAUGCAGAAUCUACAGUCCAAUGCAUGUAAAUGUUAUUGUUUAAAAUAUAUUUUUUCCAGUCUGGCUUUUAGUCUCUGGUCUCAUUUUAACUACUCUGAUUUCUUCCAUCCCACCGGGGGGAAACAUUGGACAGAUAUCCAGCGUCUCCUGUAUCAGUCUUAAUCUACCAACGGAAAUAUAAAGGGGAAGCUCACAGGGCAGGCCGGCCAGCCUAUCACUUUUUUUUUUUUUUUAAUUUUUUUUUUUUAAAUGUGUUCUGUUUCUUGUUUCUAGGCAGACCUGGGCCAACAGAGCUAUGCUGCAGAGCUAUAAAGUGACCUUAACUGAUCGAGUAGUGCAGUCUAUAACAGGUCAUGGGGGGCUGCACCACCUCAGGCAGUGUUAAAAGCAGUAGGUGCAAAACCAAAAUCUCAGAUUUAGGGUGUACUGAGUGGUGAACACACACUUUAUUUAUUCGUUUUAACUUUUUUUUUUUUUUUUUAUUCGCUCAUUUACACUCCAUUCAAAACCUGUCCUUAUGGUGUACUGAUUCGGUGUUCUUACUCUGUUGUUUUUGGUAAGGUAGUGGAUGGAGUGCAGCUAUAGACCACAUUCACUCUGUGAACUCGUAUAACAUAUGCUGGCAUGAUCCGUGAAGCUUUUUAUAUAAAUUUGGUGUGUCCUACUUAACGUGUACCUCUAUUUUCAUGCAUAAUGAAUUAUUUAUUUUUCCCCUUAUGUUAUUGCCAACUAAAUUAAUAGGUACAGUUUAAGGAAUCUACUGAAUGUAGAUUACCAAAGUGUUUGCAGAAUACUGAUAUUGUGUAUGAGGGAUUGACCAGAGCUUUAGCUUAGAGUUGGUUCUCUCAUUGGUGGUUUUUUGUUGUUGUUGUUUUGACCCAGCUGUGUCAGUCUUGUUGCGGCUCUCACUCCACUUCCUACGGACUUUGUCUGGAUGGAUAACCUCAGCCAAUCAAAUGCUUUUUCACAGAUUAGCAUUGAUAGGGCUACUACGCUAAUGGAAUUUUUCACGUGGAGAAGUAUUACAAUAAAGGGAUUUUCUCACAGUUUAAGUCCAAUUUAGCAUGUUGUACAGUCAUACAGGUCAGGUCUGUGUAUUUGUUCAGUAAUGUUUAACACUCAAAAACAUGUUUUGAUGGUGCUGCUUUCGAUGUAACAUUAAUUAUAGCAGGAGAACUGAUCAUUCUCUUCUCGAGUCUGUAGCGGCAAAAUGAAUAAUGACCUCUCAAACGUUUAUUAACAAUUGGCUCUACAGUAACUUUGUGGCUGCAUUUGGACAAUAGUGACUAUUAUCUGGCCUAUUUUAUUUAUUUUUCUCACCUUUGCCAAUGCAUUUAUUAUAAAACGUUAAUAUGUGCAGUCAUGAAAACUUUGUUUACGGAUUUGCUGCUUGACCUUUUAAGAUCUGACCGUUACCUGUUACCUCCCCUCCAGCUGCUCUUGUCACAUAAUGUCAUUUAAUAAUGUGAAAGAAUAUGUUGUCACUCUGCAUAGUACUAACGGUAUCUGGAAACGCUCGCUUGUUGUACUCUCCUCUCGUGUCCCAUUACAUGCUGACCGGGUGCUGUGCUUUGUGUUUUCCCAGCUUCUUGUAUGUAAACAGGUUUCUGUAGUGGACUGUGUACCUUGUUUAACAGAAUGGGCUGUUCAUGCUCUCCUAUCAUGAUUUCAGUUUUUGGAAUUACUUAUUUUUAAAGGGACAUGCUGCAUUUGGCUUUUUUAAUCAUUGUGUAGAUAAUGCAUUAAAUUUAUGCAAGUACAGGAAGUUAAAAGGACUGAAUAAAUAUCCUCAGAUUUUGAAGUUCCUGCAUUUGCUGAGAACCUAUAAGUUGUGCAGUGAGUGGAGGCCAGAACAUUUUCAUGCAUAGCUGUUUUCUUUUAAAUAUAUAUCGAUCGCUCUACAGACAAAAAAAAAAAAAUUACACACUAGGUCUUUGUUAGAAAAAUAAGUUAACUUUUAUUGAUGUUUGCUUUGUCAAUUAUAAAAGUUCUAUUUUUUAAAAUUAUUAUUUUUUUGUUAUUAAAAACAGAACGGGCGAUAAUGCAGAAGUCUAAUUUGUGCAUUUUUAUUUUUUUUUUUUUUGUUCAAAGCCUCUAACCUUGCACAGCAGUUAAAAUGUGUGAAUUCUGGGCUCAUGUCUAUGGUUUGCUGCUUUCAUUAAAUUUUUUUUAUUUUUUGCUAUUGGUUAAACAUGACUAGUCACCUGAACCACAGUGACCUGUUCUAGUAAGUAGGACAUUUCAGGCUAAAUGUUCUGUGCUUUUUAUAAAUCUGUUAACCAUCCAGCUUCCUAAAGAGACUUAGAAAUUCAGUGAUGAGUAAUUGUACAGCAGCUGUUUGUGGCUCACUCUGAUUUUUGUCUGGCUAUUAAAUACACUUAGACUUGACUUUGUUUCCAGUCAAGAAAAACAUGCUUAUCCCAUUUACAAUCAUUUUCUUAGAGAUUCCUUUGUAUUAUAUAUCAUGUGGUCUAUGUAAUGCUGAGACGUCCAAGCAGCAGGGAUAUAAGCAAUUCCUUGUAUAAAAAAAGCCAAAUUAAUAACAAGUGUUUCCAGUAAGGAUUUUUGUAAUGUUUUUAACUAGUAAGAUUCAAGCUAUUCCCCAUAAUGCCAAUUACUCAAACUCGCUAAAUAGAAGUCCAUAAAAGUAUUGAUAUAAUCAUGAACCAACAACUCACAAUCCAGCAUAUAAAAACAAUACUCGAAAUACACAACACAUGAUUGAUGUACCUACUGUGGCAACCUAUGAAACAAAAAAUGGAAGGGCCAAAACUUGUCUCCAUGUGAUUUUUUUUUUUUUUUUAAUCUAGCUAAUUUAAUUUUAUGGCAAGGAACGGAGGCUUAUAUUGCAAGUUUAAAACUGCACAAUCCUAGCAGAAACCUGUCGGCAGCCCUCAUUUAAUCCUUGAGAACCUUGGAGGCGGUGACUCCUUUGGUCAAGUGUGCUCCAAAAUAGUUGCCCCACACUGGCCUGUUGCAUUACCCACUUGACCAAACAUGUCAGAGUCGUACUUGAGAUUGUCGAAGGGAGAAUGAAUAGAUAGAGAUGUUGGUGUGAAGUCUUCCGAUGUGAUGUUUUGUAUGUCAAAGCUCUGUAAUGUGUUUUUUUUUUUAUUUUAUUUUUUUAUUUUUUUUUUAAUCAGCCUGGAGAGAUACAAAAUAUUGCCUGUACAUAGAAUACUGAACUUGAGUUCUUACCACGAAAGUGCGUGUAUUUAUAUUUUAAUUGUACAGAAUAACUUGUUUUAUCAAUGAACAUGCAUAGUAUGCACUAAAACAUUAUUUCGAAUGAGUUUAUUGUAAAUACAUUCUUAUAAUACAUAGUGUUGUGUGGUUUGAUGUAUAUUUUGUUGCAUUUGUUUGAUCUACAAAGUAUGAAUGUGAUUGAUUUAAUUCUUGCUGUGUGUCCCCGUGGAAGCAGCAGUGUGUGUUCAUUGGAUUUGAUACGGACACCUCCUUCCCACUCAGACCUGUAGAUUCCGAUUCUUGCCUUAGAUGGGUGGAGAGGAGCUUAUCAAUUAGCACCAUAUGAAGUCAUUCCCCAGAGGUGGUGGGUGAUUGGUAUUUUUUUUCUUCUUCUUGGAAAUGUUAGUGUUUUUGAACAUGGCAGGGCUAGUGAUGUCUUGUCUUAUCUUUCACUAGAAUAAUGAAGCGGUGAUGCAAUAUUUCUUUCACUUCAACAAAACAUCAAAACAAACAUUUCUUCACAUGCUUGCUUGUGUUUGUCUGUUUUUAAAGUGCUUUUUGCAUGUUUUUCUCAUAAUGCUGUGUGUAUGGCAGCAUGUUUAUUAUUUGUAGCAUUCUACUCUAUUUUGUGUGUGUGUGCCCUGUAAAGAGAAUUGUCGUUUUCACACUUUCUAACUACAUCAAUGAUCUGUCUUCAGUAGGUCUCUCUGACGAGUUUUAUUUUAUUUUAUUUUUUAAAUCUUACAGGUGUGGAUAGCAGUGACCAAUCAUGGCGGGGGAUGCCAUUAUGCUCAUGAGGGGGUUGGCCAAACUCAGCAAGGCAGUGCUGGAGGUGCAGAAGGGUAACUUGUGGCAGACUGUUGCUCUUGGGGGCAAUGCCACCAUGUUUGCAAAGAGUUGGCAAGUGGCGGUAGAGGAACGUUUCAGUGCUGCUAUGGGAAAGAUGCAGGCGAGUUUUGAAGUGUUUUUUAUUUUAAAUUUAUUUUUUUCCCCUCCCCUCUUCUUCAGUUUGAGUAAGGUUACCCAAAAAUAAUUGCUUUGUACAGAAAAUAUUACAUUUGUUGUUGGGUGUGUUUUUUUUUUUUUUUGGUCCAUUUUUCUCUGGGGCGAUGGAAUGUCUUUGGCGUCUGUGAGACUUUGUAAUAUUAAAAAACCUUUUUUUUUUUUUUUUUUUUUUAAUUUUUUAAAUGUGUUGACAAAACUAGAGGGCUGCACCAUGACUGCUUCAUUAAAGGACUGCAGCAUUAGGGAUACACAUUUGUAUUACACUUUUUUUUUUUUUUUUUCAUUAUGUUGCGGUUUGCCUCCCAUGCACCUAAUAGAGCAGUAUUGGGGACCUAAUGCUCAGGCGCCACUAGAGCUGGUUUUAACCCUGCAAUAUAAACACUGCAGUUUCUAAAAAGUGCAGAGUUAGACAGGACCACUGUACCCAGACCACGCUAUUGUGCUAGUGCUCUGGGUGACUGUUGAGUCUCUUUAAGCUGUAAUUAUUUGAUGGGCCCUUUUAGUCUAAUUAAAAAGUCUUACAAAAAAAAAAGCAUUGUGAAAAUGUAUCCUUGUCAUGUUUUGUGACUUUCUAAUAUCCCACAUACAGGAGCUUGGCAAGCAACAAGAGAAUCUUGCAGGGCAAGACAUAGGUGCAGAAGGCUUCUCAGGGCCGGUCUCUGAGAUUGCCGGCAUAGAAUAUUCUCCCUCUUCUAACCAGGGCUACAGUAGCCACCACACAGAAGCAAAAUCGGAAAUUCACAACAAUGAUAACACCUACAGGAGCCAAAGUCAAAUGGACAACCCUUUUCAUCUGGACCCAGAUUCUCAAAAGGACAAUGGGGCCUUAUUUGGCAAAACUAGACAUACGGCUGGUGCAUUUGCUGCAGCAGGCCAAAAGAGGGGCUUCCACCAGGACCACAGCUCUGUCAGCGGCCUAACAGCAGAGGAUAUUGAAAAGGCCAGAGAAGCGAAAAACAAAACUGAACACAAACCCCACAAACAGAUGGUAUGUAGAAAUAUGUAUAUAUAUAUAUAUUUUUUUUUUUUAAAGUUGUCAUUGCUCACAACACUAAAUCUGUAUUUCUGCAGAAGGGUGUGAUGUAAUAUUUUCAAUCCAUUGGCACAGCCUGUCCAAGUAUCCCUUUCAAUAUACUAUUUUUUCUGUGGAAAAUGGGGAAGCAUAAUAUUGUAAGGUCCUGUUUUCUGUUUUUACAUCCUGCAAGCUAUUGCGUGGUGGUGCUGGAUGGUUUGUUUUGCAUACCAACUUUAUGUGGACAGAGCUGUCAUCUAUUUAAUGCUGCUGGAGAUGAAAUCCAAUGCGUGUUACCUGCUUUGCCGUAUCCAGGACAUUUUUCAUGCAUUUCUGAUGUGUGCAUUGAAAUGGCUGGGGAGGAUGGGAGCCGUCUAGCUCCGAAUAGCUCUCUGUAUUGCUUACUUAGUAUUUAUUUUGUUUGGGCUCGGUUGGUAUAGUGCUAAACCCCUCUACGUGCAGGGCAGAUUACCUACUCUAUAAAGCAUGAUGACUCUUUGGAAAGCUUGUUAAAAAAUGUGACUAUCUGCACGUCCACUUGCCACAUCGUUUAAUGUCUGGAGAGUUGAUCACGGUGUGUGAAUCCACUGCAGCAGGCUGUGGGUGUAAUGUAGACCAUGAGUGUUACUGCAUGUUUUCAGGCUCCUCCUUGCCCUCCAGACAGAAUGGUUGCUGUUGCUAGAUUGUGGCCACUCUUCAUCCUGAGCUGCUGUGCUGCCUUUUAAGUACCAGGCUGUAACUCCCAUUGAGUUUAGUUCAUUUAUAUUACCUUUAAAUUUCCUCCCUUCCUCUGAAUUAAGAAUUGAUAAAGUUCUAAUCUUCACAGCAUUCAGGAGCAGGCUUGUUAGGAAAGAAGUGUUGGGAUAAGAUGACCUCCUCUGUCUAGGGCUAUUUCUGUAAUUGUUAAGCAGAUAAGCUGCUUCUUUUAAAAUCAAGAAAGGUUUAUUACUCUGACGUUGAGGCUUAUUGGAUCAAUGCCAGACAUUUGCAAAUUGGGAAAACAAGUUCAAAUUGCAGGUAAAGUUUGCCUUUUUUACAUUUAGGUUUGAAAUUACAAUUCAGUAAUUGUAUAAUCGGCUGGGGUUGAUCAAUGUAAAUAGGAAACAUUUGCACAGUUUUUUUUUUUUUUUUUUCAUUUCUGUAUUUUUACAAUUUUAUUUGGAGUAUGGUCUACUGGUGUCUCAUUGAAUGCUGUACUGUCUGUAACUACAAGAAGCAAAACACUGUUCAUGUGUAUGCUGCUGUACGAUCACUGACACUUACUGGCUGAGAAGGCAUCAUUUUAUAUAUGAACCUUUUGGGGGAAAAACAAAAAUCAUGCCAUAAUUUAUGCCAUCUAGUCUCUCUGUAUACAGUAUAAUUAAAAUGACAUCACAGAAAAGGUGGUAAAUACAUGGAAUAGUGUCCCCACAGAAGCAAUAUCAUGUUACCACGUAUAUUUGUCUUUUUCUUUUUUUAAUAUCAUAUGUUCAGCACUUUAAAGGGCCACUCUAGAUGCAAGAGUUUAACUGGUUUGACAAAACCUACAACUCUCUCUGGCACCCAAAGCCUGGCCACUCUGCAGCUGCCCUGAUAAAGUGGAAGAUUCACUUCUGAAAUAUAUGACUUGAACAGGAAUAAUAGCUUUGUCAUUUAGUGGUCCCAGGCUGACCAAUGAGCUGUGGUGACUCUUGGGUUUCAACUGAUGAAGGGAAACCACCAGGGUCUGAAUUCUGACAGUGAUUACCUACAUGCCCCCAAGUCUUUUGUUAUUGGUGCUGGAUUCUAGGUUUUGUUUUGGUUCAGGAAUAUAUUUUUUUUUUUCUAAAUUUGGGAAUAAAGAUCUUUAACCGGCUCAGAGUGCAUGCUUGUGCUCAGAGCCGGAGAGGGGAGAAGAGUGGGGAAGGAAGAAGAGGUAGGAUGCAGGGAUGUGUAAAAUAUGCACAGAAUUGACAUUGGGCAGAGUUGUGGGAAGUAAUUGGCCUCCAGCACACAAUUGCAAAUAGCCCUGGUAUGCAGUCUUUUAAGCAGAAAUACUGCACUUUCAGACUCCUACCUCCAUGCCUACUUCAAAGAACUUUCUCUCUUUGUGAGUUAUGAAUAAUACAAUUUAAAUGUGAUUAGUUAACCGAAAGAAUGGUGAGAGCACUCAAAGAAAUUAAAAUAUUACCCAAAAUGUAAUCUCUGAAAUAAAAAGAAAACAUCAUAGUGUAAUAACGUUAUGAAUAAGACACUUUUUAAAUUUCUGUGUUAGUCUCACUCUCAUACGUGGAGCCACUUAUAAAGCUGGCUCGGACUGCACGCAUUUAGCAAAUCACUGCUUGGACUUUAGCUGGGUUCUUCCCAAAACUUGAUCUGAUGUACCACCAGGAACGCAGGAGGAAAGUCCUAUAGAAUAGUCCAAAAUAGUGCACCUAACGUGUUUCGGCGAUGUGCCUUCAGAGGUGAUACAAGUGACUCUGGCGUGCAGUCUUUUUUAAAUCCGUUCUUGGCGCCCUUUUCGCCGCAUUCACGGCACUUCAUUUCCGGGUUUGACAUCAGGACGUCUCUCUUUACUUCCGGAUCCAGUUGCCAAGACGUGUUGGAACCAUCAUAAUAAUAAAGAGUUUAAACUUGUGGAAUAUAAAUGUAAAAAUCCACAGCAAAUAAAGAAAAUAUCAACAAGAUAAAUAAUUAAGAUAUUGGACUACUAUAUAACUAUAUUGAAAUACAUUUAAAAACACACACUUUGUGUUUACGAUGUUGUAACUUAUUUUUCUACUUAAAACAUUCUAAUUUUAUAUUAUCAUGGAGAAAUGAGAUAUAAAAUCAUACAUAUAUUAAAUGGAGAUUUUAAUUCAUGAGGAGAUAAAAAUUAGAAAUUAUUUUAUUUUUUUCUCUUUUCUUUUAUAAAAAAUAUAUUAAAAAUAAAAAAAUUGGAUUAACAACUAUACAUUACACAAAAAUAUAUUUCUCAAAUUAAGUAUAAAACCUUUUUAUAAUUCAUCAUAGAGUAUCCAAACUUUUUUUUUUUUUACAAGCCCAUAAUGGAGAUCCAAAAGGCAUAGAAUUUAUAGGGAUAUACCAGGUUAAAGUCCACUGGAGAGGUGGUGACAAGGAUCAUAUCCUAGGUCUAGCUGAAAUUAAAUGAAUGUUUGAACUAGAAACUGACACCAGAUGGAUUGAACGUUGAUUUUGAAAUUAAUAAAUAUGUAUAAAGGUUUUAUAGUUAAUUUGAGAUAUAUUUUUUUCGUGUAAUGUAUAGUUGUUAAUCCAAUUUUAUUUUUUAUAUAUAUAUAUAUUUUUUUUUUAUAAAAGAAUAUUUUUUUUUUCUAAUUUUUAUCUCCUCUUGAAUUGAAUCUCCAUUUAAUAUAUGUAUGAUUUUAUCUAAUUUCUCUUUGAUAAUAUAAAUUAGAAUUAAUGUUUUAAGUAGAAAAAUAAGUUACAAUAUCGUAAACACAAAGUGUAUGUUUCUAAAUGUAUUUCAAUAUAGUUAUAUAGUAGUCCGAUAUCUUAAUUAUUUAUCUUGAUAUUUUCUUUAUUUGCUGUGGAUUUUUACAUUUAUAUUCCACAAGUUUAAACUUUCUAUUAUGACGGUUCCAACACGCCUUGAUAACCGGAACCAGAAGUAAAGAGAGACGUCUGGACGUGAUGACGCAGGACGCGUCCUGACGUCAAACCUGGAAAUGAAGUGCCGUGAAUGCGGCGAAAAGAGCGCCAAGAACAGAUUUAAAAAGACUGCACGCCAGAGUCACUUGUAUCACCUCCGACGAAGGCACAUCGCCGAAACGCGUUAAGUGCACUAUUUUGGACUAUUCUAUAUUACUUUCCCGUAAUUUUAUUUAUCAUCUUUUGUGAAUUUUUUUUAUUUUUUUUUUUUUUUAAUUGAAUUUUGGAGUACAAAAAAAAAUGUGGAUACCCCUGAACCUGCGUUCCUGGUGGUACAUCAGAUCAAGUUUUGGGAAGAACCCAGCUAAAGUCCAAGCCGUGAUUUGCUCAAUGCGUGCAGUCCGAGCCAGCUUUAUAAGUGGCUCCACGUAUGUGAGUGAGACUAACACAGAAAUGUAAAGUGUCUUAUUCAUAACGUUAUUGCCCUAUGAUGUUUUCUCUUUAUUUCAGAGAUUUAUUACAUUUUGGGUAAUAUCAUUUUAAUUUCUUUGAGUGCUCUCACCAUUCUUUCUGUUAACUAAUCACUUCUAUCUGUUUAGUGGUUAUUGUGGCCCACUAAGGUGAUUGUAGCACCAUCACUUUAUUUACUUUUAGGAAAUUUCACUUGUGUAUUGUAUUUUACUUAAGAAAAUUUAAAUGUAGAAACACAUACUUUGGUUUGCAGCUGGGCACUCCAUCUUGGCUGCCUGUCAAACAUUGUUAUAAGCUUUGUCCUUUGCACCUGGCAAAGGAGAAAUGAAACCGUUUUGCCUCAUUUUCAUUUGCUGUGUUUGCUCUGGCUGUGCCUUGUCUGGACUAGAUGAUGUACUUUGCUAAAUUAAUAUCAUUUUUAUAAGAAAACACGUCUCAUGAAAAAAGCUCAACACAAAUGAUUACCAGUAUAGGUGAUUUUCAUUGUAUUGAUUGAGUAAAUUCCACAGACAUGACGUGACUUCUCCACUUUAAAAUUAACCAUAACCUUUUUGGUUGCAAUUUGUAGAUACAAAGUCAAAUUACAAAGUCAAUAUUACAAAGUCAAUAUAUAUAUAAUUUUUUUAAUUAUUUUUUUUCCUAAUUAAAUUUGUUCUAUUUCAGCUCAGCGAACGAGCACGUGAGCGGAAGGUACCAGUCACGCGGAUCGGCAGGCUUGCCAACUUUGGAGGUAUUACUAGCUUUAGAACACUUUGUAAAAGUUUGCAAGUGGAAUUCUAACAGACAAGUACCUUUUCAAGUAACCAAACCCCAAAUUACGUAAGUCCUUGGCGCAUUGUAAUUGAGACCAUUGCAGACAAUAAAGCUCUUGUUAAAGGUUAUAUAGACACACAUAAGUACUGUCUCCCAGAAUCUUUUGUGUUCUGUCAAUUGGAGGACCAAUUGGAUUGAAAUAUAGUUAUCUACCCUGUUCAGUAAUAGGACUGGCACACACUAUACAUCAGGGGUGUCCAAAUAUUGUAGAACUACAACUCCCAUGCCUUUUUAGAAUGACAAAGGGUCAUGGAAUUUGUAGUUUUAAAACAUCUGGGGAUUUACCUUUCGGGCAGUUUGGUGUACAGACUGUAUUUACAGUGCAUCCAUUGUAACCUGUCUUCAAUCUGGCUAUGUUGUAUGCGACUUGCUUGAUUAUGCAUGGAAGCCAGUAAUUUUCCAUUUUGAUAAUUUAAUUACUUUUGCUUUAAAGUAUUAAAUUAUGUUUUAAAUUUGUGAAACCGAAUAUGAUUGAAACAUUCGCUGCGCUGCUUAAAUGGCAAUAAAUUGAUUCAAAAUGCACAAAUAGUUUUUAAAUAUCUCCUGUCUCUUUACCUCAAGUGGAAAAUAAGGGCAUUUAGUCACAACCUAUAGCCGUGUUUUAUAUCCAAGGUAGCUAUAUUUCUGCCUGACUUUAUACAUUGGAUGGCUAAAUAUCUAUAUCACUUUCUGUGUUUCUAAUCUGAGCCCUGACCAGUUUUUUUUGGGAUAAGCACCCUAACAGCCAUUCAUGUUUUAGAUUCCUAUGGAAGCUCUAUCUUUGCUUCCUCUGGCACCUUUUGGGUUAAAUCUAAAAAUGAAACCGACUUUGAUGUUUAUCCUGGAUUUCUAAUUGUGACAUUAGCUAUUUAUUAAUUGUGGCUGCCCAAGCCUGUUGGCAGACAGGGUCGAAUUGCUCUGUUUAUCUCAUUACCGUUGUGGCCCCACGUUUUAUUAUUCUGUUUUCACUGUUCACCUUGUUGCUCUCUAAUUUAGCUCUACGAGGGGGAGGAUUAUUAUGCCAAUAAUGUAGUUAAUAUAUUUACUGGUUCUGUAUUCAUUCAUACAUGACUUUGCGUGGAACUUAAAAUGACCUUUUCUGUUUCUCCUACAAUUAUCCUUGACUUUUUCAGGGUUUGAAUCUUGCAUUUUUAAAUCUCCAAAUGAUUGUUUUUGGUGGCAUUGCACAUUUUGAUGAUCUGAUACCUAUAGAAAUUUGUGUAAUUUGUGCCUUUUCUUGGUGCAGGUUUGGCUGUUGGUCUGGGUUUAGGCGCGUUGGCUGAAGUAGCAAAGAAAAGCUUAACUCCAAAAGCAGAGGACAGUAACGGUAAGUGGCAACCUGGAAAUAAUUAUUUUUAUUUUUUUAUUUUAAUAUGUAGUAUAGUACUGUAUGUAAAGUACAAAUGUUUUUUUCUUUUACAUUUGAAUUUGUUCCUGAAAGCUUUGACUUAAAAGAACUCUCCUAUAAACAUAUCCACUAUCAGGAAAUAUGCUGCAAGAACCACAGUUGGACACAGUGUUUACGAACGUUUAGGGUUUUGUACCGUAAUUCAGUGUUAUUGGCAGUAACUGUCAGUGUGCAUGUUUGGUGGAGAUGAACUGUUGCAUUACCAGAGGGCAAAGCCGCAGUUGAACAAUCUAACCAUUAAGGCAGGCUAGUGUGAAUUCUCAAAACAUGAAAUCCGGUUGCCUGCUGAUCAAAUCAUUGUUUUAGGCUUUUACAUUUUUUUAUUUCUUUUUUAAAUUGUAUUUAUUUUUUGUAGUUUUGAUCUAUUUUUAUGAAUUUGGCUUUCGUUCUCAGUAGCCCAUGAGGCAGAGGGAAUGUUGGUCUGUGGUUUACAGUGCUACAUGCAGUUUUAUAAGAGCAAACGUAUAGUAUAUGUUGAGUAUAUACAUUUAUAACCCUUCAUGCUACCAGAGUUACUAAUCUUUCAAUAUUAAGACAAUGACGUAAGGAAAAUCCCUCUGUAAAGGUAUCGAUAAACUAGUCACAAUAAAUCUGGCAUACAGAAUGAUAUUUCAGGUCACCAUAGGUAGCUGGUACGAUUACCAGAAUGCCAGGUAACCCGUAGAUUUAUUUCUAACCUUCUGAGCACUUCAAAACAUUUAAAAUAUUUCCUAAAGCAAGUUUUCUUCUGCCAGAAAAUCCAUGCAAUCUUUAUUUUUAUGACCGGGUUAUUAAUUAAAGCAUGAAUUGUUAGGAAUUAAGAGUACAUUUCUAAUUUUAGUGCACAAUACUUGAUUUGGCAUAAUUAAACUAAUUAUUUUUAUUUUUUUUUCUCAUUUUUGAAUUUUGUCCCAAAAUUCACACUUGAGUGAAUAACCCUGUGUUGGUACCAUUCCUAUGGGAACUAAUACCUCAGACCAUUUUAAAGGAAGAUGAGGUAAUGAACCCACAAAUAAACUUGCCUUCAUUAUCCCGGAGUGCUGCCUAUGUUCCUCUUCUUUUGAUCUCAGCCAAUCACAAUGAGCAAACACUGCCCUGGCCAAUCAGAAUCUCCUUGUGGAGAACAAUUAAUUCAUUGCAUCUCUGUGAGGAAAGUUUUGCAUGGAGACAUUUAAUGGGAAAAAAAAGCCUGCGUGGACUGACUGUACUCACCAGAACAUGUAUGUGUGUGUGUAUAUGUAUGUAUGUGUGUGUAUAUAUAAUGUGUGUGUGUGUGUGUGUGUGUGUUUUUUCACUCUAUUAUGUAGAUGCUUUAGAAAUGCAAACAAAAAUUCAAAUACAUUACUUGCCUCCUGAGAUCCUGAUAUUUUCAGUCUUGGAUAAGCGAACUAUAUUUAAGUAGAUUCCUCUCUUCCCAGAACUUUACAAAUCGGGAGCUUCUAAUUUUGGUCUAUGGGGUUUGAUCUUUUCUCACAAAUCUCUGUCCAUCAAGGCUUUACAGGGUAAGACGUUUAUCUCCAGCAGCUGCUGCUAGUUUUAUGAUCUGAGCAGUUCAUUAAUUGGUGUGGUGGUGGACUGCAGAUCCCUGCAGUUAUAACCACUGUCAGAGCUGUGUGAGUGCAAUAAUACAAAGUUAUGUUGCUUAGUGUGACACUUUCACUUUUUGACUGGAAAUAACAUAGUUCUGCCUCAUACUCCUUUAUACCUGCUAUUCAACAGUCACUAAUUCUACACUGACUUGUUUCACCUUUCAUUAUCUCUUUCCAAUCCUCCAAGGUGGGGGGUGGGGGAGACGGGUAGGAAGAUUUUUCUACUUAUCUACCCACGGACUACAAAUGUUUUACUAUAAGCUUCAAAGGUACUUAAUUCUCCAAUACAGUGUUAUACAACAUUCACCCUGAGUGUGUUGGCCAACAAAUAGCACAGACUCUGUCAAAGCUCAUUUGAGAUGUUCCACCUUUGAAAUCCGUAAAGGGACACUAUAGUCACCAGAACAACCAUAGCUUAAUGUAGCUGUUCUGGUGUCUAAAGGCCUGUCCCUGUCGGCUUUUUGCUGUGAACACUGCUUUUUUCAGAGAAAAGGCAUGGUUUCCAUUCUGCCUAGGGACACCUCCAGUGUCAGUCACUAAAAUGGUCACUAGUUGUGUUUCCUGGGUCAAUGUUGCAUAACAUGCAGCACUGAUAGUGAUGGGCUAGUACAAAGUUACCUUUUUUGGCAUGUCCCUGUUAACUGCAAUUGGCUAGAAGACCUCUCCUACAAGCCUUUAUAUCCUAAGCUUCGCUGUAGUAAUCUCACCAUUUGAAAGUCUAGAAGUGUCUCAAAAGCUGUUUACUUAAUUGACUAAAAAGAUUAAAGUACUGACAUUUGUCUUGUGAUGUGUUUACCAUGUAUAACCCAGAUGUAUAACUUUUCUUUAAGUUCUAGGCGGUUGGGUUGUUCACACAUCCAUGUUUUUGGCUCACUCUGUGUUUUGAUAUUGUUUCAGAAUUUUCUUAAACCAGAAGGGGAAAAAAACAAAAACUCACUUUCCAGAGUUUACACAAUUCAUUGCAAAAUCCCUGUUUUUUUUGUUUUGUUUUUUUUUGUAACUCCUGCCAGCUGUCCCGGUUUCCUCUGCCUGUGCAGCACUACUUACACUGACAUUACGAUUACUGUUGCUUGGCAGAUCUGUUCCUGGCCAAAACAAAGUGUAGAAGGGAGGGGGGAUGGAGGUGUGGAAGGCCUUGUCUCUUCUGAAACUCAUUUUGCAUUUUGUUUCUCUUUUUGGCGUGAAUGAUUACUUGCCACACAAUUGAUUCUUUAACAUGUGAUGGCUUGUAUCAUAUCGCAAUACAUCCCAAAGGUGUUCGCGGUAGAUUAGUGUUUGUGUCUCACUGUAUGGUUUGAGGGCCUGGUCUUUGUAAGUCACUGCAAUACUUAUUAAUCUCCAUUGGGUCCCUUUCUGGCCAAUAUCCCCAUUUCUCUUUGCAGUGUCCCUUUUCCAGUAAGCACAAUGUGUAGUGAAAAGUACCAGAAGUCCAUUUCUAGUGAAUAGAACUGGACAUUGUAGCGUUUCUCUAUCGCCAUGCAAAGAAUGGCUUAUAACAGCAGCUAUUUUAUCAAAUUCGGCAACCUUCCCUACAGUACGUCACCUCUGAUCAGGACUCUGGAAUUCCUUCUAUGCCUGUCUGUAUGCAACAAGCACAUUCAGGUUGUGAAGCGCUGGAAAAAAAAACAAACCCCAAAAAAACAGGUCAAGGUGGUUAGUGUAGGUUGCUGCCUAGAACAGUUUGGAUCGGCAUGGAUGCCUGUUCAAGUUGACUAGGGCUCAGUCUGAAUGGGAAGCACUGGAUCAUUCCUUGGAAUAAACCAGUUUCUGGGGUUUGUUUUGUAUCAGUGACUCUAACAAACUGGAACAGAGUAGAUAACACUAGAUCAAAUGAGCAAUGUAGUAAAUGGUAACCUAUGAUUUCAUUGUUGUGAUAAAUGUUACUGUUUUUAAACACUCAUAUUUGUGUUCAGCAAAGUCUCCCGAGUAUAACAAUACCCCCCAUGUACAGGUUUUAUGAUGUUUUGGAAAGUUAGAGUCAAUAUAGGGAUUGCCCAAUUCAGUUUUCUAUGGUGCCUUUUGAGACCACGUGGUAGCCCAGAAAUGUGAAUUAACCCCAUCAUGGCAUACCAUUUUCAAAUGUAGACAACCCAGGGUAUUCAAAAUGGGGGUAUUUCCAGUCUUUUGUAGUAGCUACUUGGUUACAAACGCUGACCAAAGUUAGCGUUUUUAUUUUGCUUUUGCAUUAUUUUACACAAAACUGCACUUUUACUGGUGAUAUCAUCGUUGUGAUAAGUUUCACUUUUUAAAACACUCAUAUUUGUGUUCAGCUACGUCUCCUAAGUAUAACAAUACCGCCCAUGUAAAUGUUUUAUGGUGUUUUAGAAAGUUACGGGGUUAAGUAUAGGGCUUGCCAAUUAAAUUCUCCUGGACUGUCUGCCGGGGUUGUCAUGCAGGUCCCUCAAAUUAUAAUUAAUAAAAUCAAAUAAUUAUGUAGUUAAUGUGUGUAAACACCCUUUUAUUUCCUAUAUGUAUAGUUUAUUCUAAGGAAAUUGGCACAAGCCAGGUCAAUUUGUCCAAAAGAAUUCCUUUAUUCAGUACUAAAAAGAAAACCUCCAAAUACGCGUUUCGCCGAUGUUGAUUUCUUUUAAAAGAAAGCCACAUCGGCGGAACGCGUAUUUGGAGGUUUUAUUUUUAGUACUGAAUAAAGGAAUUCUUUUGGACAAAUUGACCUGGCUUGUGCCAAUUUCCUUUAAAUUUUUAUUUACCAUUUUAAAAUAUAUUUGGAUUAUCUACUGCUGCUCUAGCGAGACCUCCUACCCUCUCUAAGAUUUUUAAUAUGUUAAAGAACCACUCUAGGCACCCAGACCACUUCAGAUUAAUGAAGUGGUCUGGGUGCCAGGUCCAGCUAGGGUUAACCCAUUUUUUCAUAAACAUAGCAGUUUCAGAGAAAACUAUUCUAUAGUUCAGAGAAACUGCACCCUCAGGGCACUAUAGUGCCAGGAAAAAGAGUGUGUUUUCCUGGCCCUAUAGUGGUCCUUUAAUAGCUUUCCCUUCCAGCACCCUGUUUUCUCUCCUGCAACUGUCAUAAAAAACAAAACACCAAGUACUUCAGUCAACAUUAUUCUCGCAAUCCACUUUUCUACCCCCUACCCCACUCCCUGUAGAUGUAAGUGCAAGGCCCUUUCUGUUCCUGUGUGUCUAACGCGUCUGGUUAGUUACGUGUCUGUUAGUCCACCCAUUGUACAGCGCUUCAGAAUUUGUUGGUGCUUUAUAAUAGGACAUUUCAAAUAAAACCGGCUAAAACAAGUUUAUAUGUGGUUUUCAAUGUUCUAGUUAAUUGUGUAACUUCCAGCUGUGAUUCCAAUAUAAACAGUAAACUAAUCUCAAACACAAUGCAGUACUCCAAUACGCUGCCAAUAUCCUGCCGUAAUUUAGCUGCAGGGUAGCAUUAAGCGGACUGUUCCUAUACUGACUUGGAGAUGAACUGAUCCAUGUGCCCUUUGCCAUUACUGGCUACUGCUAAUUGCUGAUCUACAGAACGGGAAUGUUGCAAGCCAAAACAAUGUGGUUUGAGAACUUGUUAGCAGUAUGAAGCAGUGUCACUUUAAAAUCAUUGCUCACUAUCUCUCCUUCCCCCCCCUUUUUUUUUUUUUUUUUAAACUACAUAUCUAUUUAAAAAUGCUGGGAGACAUUCAGUUUUGUUUAAAUGUAUUUUGGACCUUUUUCUCAACAAGCACUGCUUCUAAAGGUGACUGUUUUUACCUUUUGUUUCAGCAUAGUUAGCUGUAGAUCUUGCAAUGAUCUAGCUAUGGUCUUUCUGAAUAGAAAUUCCUGUUUAAACUCUUUUUUUCCAAUAAAUGGCAAACUUUGACCGCAUCAGAGGUAAGCAGUGGGUACAGAUUGCUUGCAGCUUAUAAAAGCUUAAACCAGAAAGGUUUACAUAUCUUCACCCAAUCCAUCUAUAGUCACGAAACCACUUUAGCUUAAUGAAGCAGUUUUGGAUUAUAGAUCAUGCCACUGCAGUUUCCCUGCUCAAUUCUGACAUUUAGGAGUUAAAUCACUUUUUUUUUUUUUUCUUCUGUUUAUGCAGCCCUAGACACACCUCCCCUGGCGGUGACACACUGUUUCAUUUUCAAUCAGAUGUAACAACUUUACUUUAAAAUAUAUUUAUCUUCUGCUAUGUAAUUUGAACUUUAAUUAUAUGUGGGAGGCUCUAGCCAGCUAUUAGCUGAGCAGGAUACAAGCAAUUCUAAAUUAAUCAGAACUUGCCAUAAAGGAAGUGUAAACAUUAGAUCACUCUUUACAGGAAGUGUUUAGGAAGGCUGUGUAAGUCACAUGCAGGGAGGUGUGAUAAGGGCUGCAUAAACAAAGUGACUUAACUCUUAAAUGGCAGAGAAUUGAGUAGUUGGGUUGCAGGGGCAUGAUCUACACACUAAAACUCCAUCAUUAAGCUAAAAAUGUUUUGGUAAAUAGAUUAACCAGACUACAAUUGUGGACAAGUAUUCAUAUAUUUUAUUUGCUUUUAAAUACUUGUUUAGAUUGGUUUAUCUGCAGCAGCUGCCAUGAAACUUGUAAUGCACUUAGAAGUAGAUGAGGGAAACCCCUUUCUAGGUCACGAAAAGACAAAUAAUAAUGGUACAAUAAAAGAGCAUAAACUUGAAUAAAAAUCCCCAUGGAAAAACAUCUGGGCCUAUAUGACUUGCAUGUCGAGACUAGUAGUAAGUGUUGGGAUAUGAGGUGAGGGCCGUGAGCUGAGCUUGUAUCGAUCUGUCCCUCUAGGGGCCUUAUGGUGGUGGCAGCUUGCUCUUGGGGGGAUAUUGGCCCUAAAAUGUGCUUACUCCAUGUUUGUUAACAUGGUCACCCAAACUGAACAUGGGACUUAAGAUAAAGAGGUAGGACCAGGAAUCCUUGCGUCUGAUUAGGCCCAGCACUAUUCUUUGCACUCUGCACAUGUUGAGAUUCACAAGUAGGCUAGCUAGGGUGAGGUUGUGAUCCCUAUUAGAAUAUGUUGGUACACCUGUGGGACCCACUACCAAAUCGGUUAGCUUGACUGAGGGACUGACUCCCAAGUCCAGCAGUGAUCAAUGCCACAACCUAGCAUACAAUUUAAACAUACAUUCUGACAUGACAUAAGGAACAAAGAUCACAAGGAUAAAACUGUAUUUUAUUUAUUUUUAAAUUUAUUUAAUGCACCCUUGGUAGUGUAUUCAGUCUUCACACAUCUGAGUGUUAAUUCGAAUACAUAUUGGAUAUUGACCAUGAACUAGGCUGGUAGGAUAUUGUAAUUGCAAGAUAUUCUCUUUACUCCCUGAAAACCCUUGGCAACAAAAUACUGCUUUAUUCAAAUUUUGUUUAUAAUGCUUCAAUCCAGCUCUGAGGGGGGGGUGGGAAAUCUAAAUUGCCAAUGUGCAAAGUGCCCUUGCUUGAACACAGUGAGUUAGUUGGUACCCUGUGCUCCGCUGUUUUUCCUUCUGACACUUUUAUUGCUGUGUGCUAGGCAAAGAAUCAUUGUCUUUUCAAUUACUGCUGUACAUAUACCCCUGGCAAAUUGUUUAUUAGUGAAUGAGUGGUUCUCCUCCUCUGUGUAUAAUUCUCUUUCCCUGAGGUUAAAGCUGAUCUAUAACUUUUAGGCUUCUUUGCCUAUUUCUCAAAGACCCCCAAAGUGACAGAUCUCAUCCAGUGGCCACGUGGUGCAAGGGCAGAUGAGUUUUAUUUACCCCCAAGCUGCUGCCGCCAUCUCCGUCCUGCAGAUCUUCAUUUGCCCAGAGUCGUGUCAAUGGUGUACUCUAGUCACGGGCGAGAGAACACUAAGGUCUACGGCUGCUGUGAUUGGACAAGUUGAUGGUGGAGCUCUGCCUUUUGUCAACGUACAAGUUUUUACUUUGUCUUAAGGUGUCUUUGGAUUGCAUUAGAAUUUCAGUGAAAUUCCAGUACAGAUUUACAUAGUUAAAGGGACACUAUAGUCACCCAGACCACUUCAGCUCAAUGAAGUGGUCUGGGUGCCAGGUCCCUCAGGUUUUAACCCUUCAGAUGCAAACAUAGCAGUUUCAGAGAAACUUGGGGUUAAUCCAUUCUCUAGUGGCUGUCUUCCAGACAGCCACGAGAGGCGCAUCUGCAAUGCUGGCGGCACAUUUCGCCUCCAUUGCGCAGAGCGUCCAUAGGAAAGCAUUGAGAAAUGCCGCGCGGCACUUGCUGCGCAUUCAGCUCCGCUGCCGUCGGAAGGGGGAGCCCAUUGCUGGAUUAAGGUAAGCUUCAGUGCCACAGCAGUGAUCCUUUAAAAAAGAGACAUGCAUUCACAAAGUUCAGCCUUUCUCAUAUGUUUUUGCUGUUGAUCUAAAAGAAAGCAAAACAAGUUUUGCAGCAACAAACUAGAGGGGGGAAUCAUUUUUGGGCCCCAGAACAGACAGUCAUCACCCCUCAAGAAGCCAUCACCCCACAGAUUAUAUCCCUGAAUAUUAUGUUUUUGAAAGCAUUCAUCCAGUUGCUGUUUAAACAUCUGUACAGACUCUAUAAAAACCACCUCUUCAGAGAAUUCCACAUCCUUAUUGUUCUUGCUGUAAGUAACCCUUUCCUUUGCCUUAGACGAAAUCUUCUUUCUUCUAGUUUAAACUCAUGACCUUGUGUCCUAUUUAUUAAUAGAUUUCCAGACAAUGGUUUGCAUUAGCUCCGAAUAUAUUUGUAGAAUGCUAUCAUAUCCCCUCUGAGCCUCUGUUUUUCUAAACUGAAUGUUAACCUUUUUAAAAAUAAUUUAAAUUGCUCAAUUCCUUUUUAUUAAUUUUGUGGCCUGUCUCUGCACUUUUUCUAGUGCCAUAAUAUCCUUCUUUAGAAGAGGUGCCAAAAAUUGCACAGUAUAUUCAAGAAGUGGUCUUAACCGUGAUUUUAUAAAGAGGCGAAAUUCUAAUUUUAUCCUGAGAAUAAAUGUUCCUUUUGUACAGGCCUGAGCCACUGCUGAUUGGCAUUGCACAUUAUUGUCUAGUUUGUUUAUAAUUCCCAAAUAAUCAGUAUUUUGUUAAAAAAAAAACAAACCAAAAAAACCUGUCAAAUGACAGAUGCAACCUUUGUAGCAUUUGAAGUGGAUUUUACAUAGAUGUGAACCGUGCUAAAUAUAUGUGACAUCUUACAACCCUCAAAAAUUCUCCUUAGUGCAUAAUUUGCAGGAAUUGCACUGGUUAUUGGUGCCAAUAAAUAGGUAAAUAAAACUUCUGAAAAUUUGAGGCAUGCUUUGUUUUUGAUCAGACCUCCACAAGCACCGUUCUUACAUUAAAACCUCUUGCAAUGCGUGUCUUUGUUUAGGUCCAAUGAAUAGCAUCCUAUAAAGGCACAAUAGUUACAAUAUUCCACUGCCCACUCAUGCCAGCUGGUUUGAAGCAGUACAGUUAGGAAUGUUCCCCUAGCAGGCUGUGUGUGUGGUUGGUUAUAGAGUUGCAGUGUGGUGAAGGGCCUAUUGUUUAUUGUAUAAACACAAUAUACCAGGCCAGCCAUUGGUAAAUAUCCAAACAAAGAUGAUCUAUCCCGAAACAGUAACCACAUCUUAAAUUUCCUUUGCACGUCUAGCCUCUCAUAUUGCUGUGCAACUGUAUUUGGGAGAUGCAGGGUUUAAAAGAACAUGUCAGUGUGUGUGUGUGGUUUUUUUUUUUUUGCAAUUUGGUAGAUAUACCCCAAAAGGACUAUAUGGGAGAAAAAGGCUUUGACUGCUGGAGAGGUGUCCCUCCAAUGUUUUUAUAAAAGUGCUGAUUUCUAUUGUAAUUUACUACUAAAGUAUUAAAAUGUGUGCUGUUUUCAGGUGAUUUUGGUGCUGGCAUAAAACUGUAAGUCCCUGUUUAAUUUAUAAUUAAAGGAACCCUAUAGAGUCAUAAAUGUGUAUUCCUGACCCUACAGUGUUAACACUAUUUAACCUCUUUGACCCUCUUAAAUAAGUUAGACUUUCCUUUAUUCCAAUGCUGGCCUUGCCCACGAUCCGCCAAGGAGGCGGAUCCGGGGUGUAGCCAAACGCCUACCUGGCCAAUCAGCUAUCCUCCUAGAAAUGCAUUGAGUCAAUGCAUCUCUCUAUAGUUAAAGUUCAGUGUCUCCAUGCAAAGGGGGGGAGACACUAAAUGGCAGUGCUGCACCUAGGAAGCAUUUCUAAUGGCCGCCCAAGUGACUGUCACUAGAGGUGUUAUUAGGCUUUUUCCUCUGAAAAGGCAGUGUUUACCGCAAAAGCCUGCAGGGAAAUACUAUACUCGCCAGAACUACAUUAAGCUGUAGGUGACUAUAGUGUCCCUUUAAAGUAUCCUAUGCAAAGUGUGUGUAUUCACAGCAUUUAGGGCAUAUUUGUAAAUUACAUUAUGAUGUAAAUUAUUUUUAUAACGUACCUUUUUUUUAAAUUUUUUUUUUUUUUUUUUUAUGCAUUUAUUUUAAAUUUACUUGUUUGUUGGCAUAAAGUGUUGGCCCAAUCUACUUGUCUAUUUAUCCUGAAACAAAAUAAUUUCAAAUUGGGGCCCCUGCUUAAAGCCUCUUUUGUGGCAUAUUUUCUAAAAAAUAAAAAAAUCAAAUAAAAAAAAAUAUAUAAUUUUUCACAAAUAAUAUCCAGUUGAAACAGGGGACAAAUAGCAGCUGACCUGAAAAAAAUGUUCAGCUCCACUCUAAUCACAACAUGGCUAUUUGUGUGUUUUUUUUUUUGUUUUUUUUCUUCUGUUUUGACAUUCAGAUUAGAUCAUCUAAUUUUUAGAAGUACCGACACAAAAGGGAAGAAGGGAAAAAAAAAAAGAUUCCCGUUUAACGUUUUCUCUAUAAUAUAAUUUUUAUUCUCCAACUUGGAAUACAAGUAAAUGACUAGAUAUAAUUUGAGUACAAUAAAAUUAUUGGAUAUAAUGCAGUAAUUUAAUGGUAAACUGGUUCCAUUCCAAACAAUGUUGUAUUCAGGAUUGGCUGAGAAAUUUUAGCCAUUUCCUGGUUCCGGAAUCUACAUACAAAUUCGCAAAUGAAUAAAUUUUUACAUUCUUUUACUGCGUUAUUUGUAAAAUGCACUAAAAUUUUCUCCACAACAGCCAAAGAUUUCUGCAUUGAUAUGCUGUCAUUUAAUUAUUAUUAAUUUAUUUAUUUUAAUUUUUUUUUAAAUAUAGGUAAAAAAUCUGUAAUGGAGUCCAGUCCCUUCUUGUCAGAGGCCAAUGCAGAGCGGAUUGUGAGGACCCUGUGCAAGGUCCGUGGAGCGGCUUUAAAACUGGGACAGAUGCUGAGCAUUCAAGGUGAGAUAUGAUCAAUUAUUUCAUUAUAGUUUCUGUAGCAUUUAUUCUCUUGAUGCAGUGGCGUCACUAGGGUGAUGUGGGGAGUGUGGACCUCAUCUGGGUGACACCACCUUGGAGGAACUUUCUCUUUUCGAGUAAUCCUCCUGGUGCCACCUCACUCAUGGCACUGGCGCAUCUCUGCAGGGAGGGCAAACGCUGUGAUAGGUAAAAAGCAGAAUGUGGCACGCAGUAUAUUGUGCCUUGCGUAGUUACAUUCUGGUGGUCUGUUCUUCCUUGUGGGUGGCUGCUGAACAGUAGCUGCCCCUUUGUGUCCCUAUCUGUCCCACUGGGGUGAGCAAUAUUUUUGACAAUGUUGCCACUGUCUGCUGCAUAUUACUACAGUAAGUUUGUAUAACUUUACUAUUAAAGUGCACAGUGAGAUAUGUAAAGUUAAUUUUUUUGUUUUAAUUUUAUUUUAAUGAUUUUAUACUUUUCUCUGGGACCUGCCUUAACUUCAGUGUGUUCAUGUGCUUGUAUGAUUGAUUGUAUGUGUCUGUGUGAGUUUCUCUAUGACUGUGUGUCCUUAUGACUGAGUAUGGAAUACAUUGAUGUUCUUUGCACAUUAAAAAACAAAAAUUUACUUAGCUGGGGGUGACACCAAGAGUUACCACACCGGUUGACACCAACCCUUUAGAUGCCACUGUCUUAAAGGACAGGGAGUUAUGCAAAAUAAGAAAACUAACACAACCCCUCUGUGUCUUGUAUUCUGGUGUUUCAGAGUUCUGGGAUGCCAGUGCAUCAAUUGUUGUUGCAGGUUUUUUGGUAUGUUUUGUUUGGCUGGAACAUCAGAUGUCCUUGGCAAGGUUUUUAGACACUAUUUGAACACCUGUAUGAUAACAUUUGCCACACCUCUUUUGAGGCAUAUCAUGUUCUUUAAAAGAGGUAAUGUGUUUGAUUACUUACUCUUUCCUUCCUUCUGAAUGAGUGCAAAUAACAUUGUAACAGUUAUUUAGUGAUCACCUUUACUGUGAAUUUUAGUUGUUUCAGUAAAACCCCUCAGGUGAUAUAAACGUACAUUGUGUAUUAAUGAUUUUGGCCUGGAUCUCUAGCUUAGUCCUGGGUAUUGUAUUGGUACUUAUCUCCUCUAUUGGGGACAACAUGGCCUUCAGGAAUCCUUGUUGCAGGAGGUAAAGAUUAUACCGACGAGACUAUAACUGCUGGGGGUCUUUAAAACGCAGUUUGUAUGUUUAGUUGUAUCACGGCUAGUUGGUUCAGUCACUGGGAGGCCUUAUUUGUGGUGUCUGCUCUGUUUGUUUUGGGUAGCUUUAAUGGUUCCUGUUGUGAGGCUGCCUUUAGACACCGUUUUUUCUGUGGUUUGAAAGACCAAACACUUGCAGGUCAGAAAUGGUUUCUUAAUUAAAGGCUUAUUCAAAUUCUUGGUGGAGUUUGUUUCCUUUUGUUCCCUCUUUUAUUAUUUUCAAACACCCGCAAACAAGAUUAAAUCGGGAGCUGUAAAUCUCUGCUAAAUACAUGAGUGAUGCUAUUAAUCUGACCAGAAUGUUCCAUCAUCUUCACUCUUGGACAACCUGACGUCCUGCAGGUAGAGGAAAAUCACAUAAUCUUACCUAGUUGUUUUACAUUAACUCCUAAAUAACCAAUGAGUUUCUGUGACAUCAGGAGUUGGUAAUCACUAGUAUUGAGUAGUAACUUACUAACUUUUAGAUUUGACAAAGAUCCACUUGGUGCCAAAAGACUACACAGUCUGUCUUUUGGUCUAAAUAAAACUUUCAGUGUAUAUGGACUUGCCUUAUUGUAUUUUCUUAUUAGUAGAUCUAGGAGUUGGGGUCACCUACACACGGUCCUUCUGAAUUACUUGCUUACCAGGCUAGUGACAUCUAAUAACAGCCAUUUUGUAACAUCAGGGCCUUUUAAAGCUAUUGAUGCCAAGUAAGCUGGAUCUUCCGUGCUGGUAUGUCUUCAGUGUCUGUAUUGUGGUGAGGAGUAACACUGGAUCUAAUGAGUCUAAUGUGAAUAACCACUUGUGCAUGUUGUAACAAUUUUGCCAAUUCUUUGCACAUUGGAUGUCUGUCAACACACACAGCAUGCUGGAGACAGGUGUCCAAUUGUGGACUGAACAACCUUGUCCCACUUUGCACAAUGCCUCCCCUGCGUCCCUUCAUCCCCAGUGAUGGAGAGUGACACCACCAGAGGAGGACUCGGCUUCUGUAAGAACAUGGCGCUUUAAUGAUGGUUAGGGUUCUCCGAUCAAAAAGUGUUUUAUUAAAACAUUGUUUUUCUGUAACCUUUAAUAUUAAAUGAAAAGCCAAGGUUUCUGGAAUGUCGUAUUCAUUCAGCGUUCUCUCCACACAGCUUCUAAUUUUAAUAAGCAGCCUGCAGGGUGUUCCGUGCUAAUAUUAGGGUCUCUAAUUUCUGAGAUUAUUGCUUUUUCUGUGGGUGUUCUUAGUCUCUAAUCCUAAUGCUCCUAAUCCCACUGAUUGACGUAUCUGACAUGACAAAUGUCGAUCUUUCUUUCUUGUAACGCCCUGGCCGGUCUAGAAGCCCUUCUUGAUGUUAUUACCUGUCGGUUGACACUCUCUAGUGAAGCCACAUCUUACCUCUAUUGAAACAAGUUGUCCACAAUUUACUUUAUCAUUGUCCGCCAAGUAAUUGUAUGUCGAUCUGUCUAGAUUUAUGUGAGUGCCCAGUCUUUCUUUUCAUGUAUAGACAUGCAUUAAUCACAGCCUAUUAAAAAUAACUGCUGCUACUCAAAAUUCCAGGCGCCCUUUGGCUGUUUCUAUAGCUUCCUGGGGCCCAGGGCUUGCACUUGUUCUGUAGGAAGUCUUGAACACUAAAUAUUAUAGCCGUUUCAUACAUCAGAGGGUUUACACUGAGCCAUGCUUUGACCAGGGAAAAGUGGCCAGAAUAGCAGAUCUGAAAAAGAAAAUAACCAAUUCAGUUUGUCUGUUUUGGCCUAAAAUUCACAAUAUCCUGACCUUUUUGAACAGUUUCAGAUUACUGAAUAAGCGUUAUUGUUUCAGGAUAUUGAGUCUUUGUUCAUGUUGUGAUUGUCAUCUGGUAGGUAUAUUCCGUACACCUCCCUUCCCUAGACUUACUGAGAGCCUAAUGAAAGUACUGGUCAAAUGUCCCCACUGAGAUUGCUCUAGGAUUGAGGACACUGGAUGUCAGCAUGUCUAGGGAGGGUUUAUUUAACUUAGAACUUAGAGAAUAGGUGAACAAUUGACCUGAUACAGCUGUGAUCUGAUGAAAACUCCUUACUCUUAUUCUGGAGAAACAUUAACCUUUAAAUCAUUAUGGACAUGCAUUGCGUACAGGCUUCAUAAAAUGUAAUGGCCAUUUGGCAGCCAAUGGUAUCCAUUCUGUGGCCCAGAAUCCUAUUGAUGACCCCUGAAAUUAUCUUCUUAUUCUUCCAUGUAGACAUGUUAAUAUUUCAUUCUGUUCUAUGCGAUCCUCCUGAGAACAAUUCCAGUUGCUCUGCCCAACCAUCCUAUUCUGCCAUUCCUAUGCAUUCUCAGCACCACCUACAUCUGGAGACAAAGGUUUCAUAGAGGCUUCUGUGCCACCUGUUAACCAUUACGCAAGGGAGUGUCCCUGAUGUUAAAGGGUUACCAUGAAAGAUCUCUAGAUUGUAAGCUCUGUCAUAUCCAACUUAUUCUGUUUCCUUUGUUGAAUUUCCUCAUUGAUAAUAUUUUGAAUUGCUGUGGAAGAAGCUUGUGCUAUAUAAAUGUCAAUAAUAUGAACAGUGACCACUUCAGUGAUUUGCUUUUGUUUAAUUCUUUAAAUGUUGACUGGUCUGAUCAGGAUAGGAAGGAUUAUUCCAAUAAGAAAACACUCGUUAUGGUUAAAGUAACACUUUCAGAAAUAUAUAUCUGGAGAAGGACAGGCCUUUGAAGCCUUGGGCCAUCCAAAAAUGACCGGUAGAGGACUUGGUAGCUGAAAAUUAUAAAGAGUGGAGCUGCUUCUUUCAGAUCACAAAAUAGCCUGGAAAUCUAACAGAAAAUCUGAUCUGAAAAUGUCUUCAUAUUGUUUUAAUGGUAUGCCUGUCAGGUGAGACUGUGCAGGUUUUCUUCUCUUAAAGGAAUAGUUCAGAUAAUUUAGUUUGCUUUAAACACAUUGACCCAUUUAAAGUAAAAGUCCCAAACUACCUGUUUGUGUAUUUGACAGCAAAGGUCUGUUGUGUAAAUCCGUGAGUCAGUAUGUGUUUGUCUCCCAUAAAGCCCGCUCUCCAGUUUGCCAUAGCUGAGUUCCAGCUAAUAUUUGAUAUGCCAGUACAUUUCCAUUUCUGGGAGAAGCAGUUAGUUAUGUAUUAUUAAUAUACCCCAGGCUAAAUAUUGCCAGUAUUAACCACGUCACAAGAAUUUGGCGAUGACGAAAGGGGGGCGGAGCUUGCCGCGCUAUCGCAUGGACGUGUUCUGAGUGAGCUCCGUCCGAGCCGACCGGGAAUCCGCUAACAUCGGGCACAAACAACACGAUGGGCCACCCAAAAAGAGCCUCCACUGCCCAGCACACCACCUCUAAGCAGCCGGUAACCAAAUCCGGGGCGCUCACGAAAUUUUUCCGCGAUAAUGCGGACCACCAAGCCGGCGCGCUAGGCCCCAAUAUGGCGCCGGAAUCCCCGCACGACGGCUCAGCCCCUUCGAGCCCGGAGGGCUCAGAUGCCUCACAAUACCAACCAGAUAGUGGCCUGAAAGAAGUGCUGCGCAACCUGCCAUCCAAGGCAGACAUCGCCGCCAUGCUAGACAGGCUGGAGGUAUCGUUCCAGACCAAACUGGAAUCCCUGGGAUCUGAUAUACGCCAAGUGAAAGAGAAGGUAAACACCCUGGAAGACGAUAGAGACUUACUGACCUCACAAAUGCAUCACAUGCAGGAUACAAUUCAAUCACACACAAUGCAUUUAUCUGCCAUGCACAGAAUAAUAGAUGACAUUGACAACCGAGGACGCAGGAACAACCUGAGAAUCAAAGGGCUGCCCGAACAAGACCAAGAAGACCUCCAUGCCACGUUAGCCGACAUGUUUAACCGCAUCCUGGGUCAAACGGAGGACACACCGAUCCUGUUGGACAGGGCGCACAGGGCCUUAAAGCCUCGCGGUACCCAGAGAGACCAGCCGCGUGAUGUGGUAUGCAGGGUACACUAUUUCUCCACAAAAGAAGAAAUACUUAGAGCCCUGCGACAAACCUCACAACCGCUACUAUAUCGGAAUGACCCCAUCCAAAUCUUCCCUGACCUCUCCUGGCACACACUUCAAGCACGCCGCACACUGCGCCCUCUCACGGAAGCGCUAAGAGCCAGGAAUAUUCGAUACAGAUGGGGGUUCCCCCUCGCUCUCAUUGCCACACACAAUGGCAAAACGCACUCACUUUCAUCAGCACAAGACAUUCGGAUAUUCACAAGAGCUCUUGACCUUCCAGACAUCCAAAUCCCCGACUGGUACGGUGUCAUGCCGACAGCUCCAUCAGCCCCACUGCAACAGAGACAAAGGUGGCAAACCCCGGGAAGGAAGAGGAGGAAUGACCGACCAGAUAACUCGCCAAGCUCCAGCCCACCUACAUGCACACAAAAUCGCCACUAAAGUCCUUCAGCUCGCCCAGAUUGUGGACCGCCAUCACUGAACCGACUUCAUGCUAUUCCUCAUCACUACCCUUCUAAAUGAACUUUCUACACGCAAAGACCAUCUCUGACACGUCUUCUCCGGCCUCGACACUCCCAGCAGUGCCCUCUCCCAUUGGCACAUCCCAUGCGGACCCUGUGACGGGACUGAUUGACUACCCUCCCGGUUUACUCAUCUGACACCGGUCCGCCACCCACACGGACCCUACGAGUGCUCAUGUGCUCCGCCACCACGACCAGGGACACGUAAGAUGCUAUGCAACCCACUCCAAUCCUAUCCCCUCCGUCUACCCUUACUCCCACUAUGCUCCAUAUUAUGUACCCUACAAAAUUUUAACGUUCUAAUGUAUUAAUGAAAUAUCUUUGCAUGCACCAUUGUGAUGUAAGCCUUUCGGCCCCAGGGUCCCUUUUAACCGCUUCCAGCGAGGCAACUGCUAUAGGGGCACCAUCUCCCCUACUACCUUAAUACAGUGUUGAACGUUUACAAUCGAAUACGAUGUAUCCCACAUGGACCCUGUAUAACUCAUUGUACUUAGUGAUGCAAUUUCUGUUUUUUAAUAACGUAUCUUUUGGUGUCACUGAUGGGAGCCUUCCCACGCGCCUCACACCAGUUGUCCUCACCUGCGGAUCUACGCCCAGGACAGACCGAGGCGUGGGGGAAGACUCGGCGGACUGGCUCCAAAACUGUAAUAGACUGUUCUCUUCUUUGUUAGUUGUUUACUGUUCCUUUUGUUCCUAUCUCGUCACACUGGAAGGGGCCCAAGAGCGUAGCUAAACACCCGUCCUGGCCAACCAAGACAGGCUACUCAUAUCGCCAGAAGGUCACCCUUCAGGCCCCACACAAUCCCUAACACCCUCCCUCCCACCUAUAAGCCACUCUACAACAUCAUAACUCCCAGAGAGGGAUGCCAACCCCGAACCCCACCAACCGAAGUCGCACCUCACCACUCCAAGCAAUGACUGAGGGUCCACGAUCCCCAGCCCAUCUACGACUUUCUUCCAUACCACAGAGGAUUCCCCACCCCCGACCGCUCGGACGAAUCUCUCAUCUCACACGCAGAGAUCCCAUCUGCCCCCCCCCCUCCACAAACUACACUCUUCACACAGGCAUACACCCCCCCCCCCUUACCCGAGACGUCGGGUACUUUCUCAACAACUGAGUAAUCAAUACUGGAAAACCACCCCAGUAGAGAGGCAACUACAACAAUCCCCGGCUAUCACCUGUAAAUACCCGAGGACCGUUGCCAUCGCUACCAGUUGUCCUGGAAACACAUAACUCUAUAAGGACUCGCUAAACAGGUGUUUCCUUAUUUGUAAAUAGUUAGUAUUUUACUGUUUAACCCCCCCCCCUCCCCCAAGGUCCGAGUUCAAAGACCUUCCACCCUCCCACCCCUCCCAAAGACAUGGCCACUCUGCGAGUAAUCUCUCUAAACGCAAGAGGCCUCAAUCUCCCCGAAAAGCGCUCACAAGUGCUAUCAGAACUCCAGGCUCAGCACGCAGACAUAGCAUUCCUUCAGGAAACUCACUUCAAAGAAGGUGUAGCACCCACGCUCCAUAACAAGCGCUACCCCACAGGCUAUUUUAGCAAUUACUCAGACUCCAAAGCGAGAGGAGUGGCCAUAUUAAUAGCCGCCAACACUCCGUUUAUAUAUAAAACCCACAAAACCACGGCCUCUGGGCGGUUACUUAUGCUCAAAGGACAAAUCGGCAGCACCACGAUCACACUAGUCAACCUAUAUCUCCCUAACAGAAGACAGGGCAAAUCACUUAGCAAAUAUCUCCACAUGGUGGAGAGAUUCACAGAGGGUAUUCUUCUCCUUGGAGGCGACUUUAAUAUUUCCCUCGACACAACAUUGGACACCACAUCCACGGCCUCUUCCUACCACUCCACUGCCAGGAGAAGAAUCACCUCGCUUUUAGAUGACACACGCCUCUUCGACAUCUGGCGCACCACACACCCCACGGCCAGAGACUAUUCAUUCUACUCACACGCAACUAAAACAUACUCACGCAUCGACAUGCUAUUCACACAACACCGGUUUCUCCACUUAGUGCAAUCAUGUGACUAUGGUCCCAUCACAUGGUCAGACCACGCACCCCUGUCUCUUGCCAUUCGCAUCCCUAACCUGCCACCAAAAUCCUUUCAUUGGAAACUGAACGACCUACUGCUAAACAAUACUGAAGUCACUGAUAAAGCCCGUACCACUAUCUCGCAAUACUUCCAAGAAAACGCUCACCCCUCCACGUCACCCACCAUCCUAUGGGAGGCACAUAAAUGUGUCCUCAGGGGCCACCUCAUAGCGAUGGCCUCCAAACUCAAAAGACAACGCACCGAGAAAGCCACCCUACUACUAACUGAAAUUAGAACCCUGGAAAACUCCCACAAACGUAAUAACGCAUUAGACACAUACAAACUACUCGUUGAGAAAAGGUCAGAACUCCAACAAAUUACCAACGCCAAAUUCAAACAGCAGACGCUUUUUACUAAACACUCAUACUACUCCCAAGGCGGUAAAUGCGGACGCCUUCUAGCCAACGCACUCCGCGACACGAAACAAUCCACCUUCAUAUCCAAAAUCAAAACACCAUCAGGAGACACGUCCCAUAAACUCCCGGAUAUACUCAAAGCCUUCCAAGAGUUCUAUGCCGACCUCUAUAACAUACGUAAAACCCCACCAUCUAGACUCGAACUGGAGCAAUACCUUGCUCCCCGAAUCAAGCAGACAGUACCCAACAACCUCCUACAACACCUAGAGGAACCAAUACACAUAGAUGAAUUCCUUCAAAUUGUACGCACCUCUCCCCUAGGGAAAAGCCCUGGCCCAGAUGGCUUCACUACCAAAUACUAUAAGACGUUUUCAGACCUGCUCGCCACUCCCUUCGUGACAGCAUAUAAUUCCCUGAUCACCUCCCCUUCCCUACCAGACUCCACACUUGAGGCACACAUUACACUCAUCCCAAAACCCGGGAAAGACAUUUCCCUCUGCGGAAGCUACCGCCCAAUUUCCCUCAUUAACAACGACCUCAAACUCUUUGCCAAGAUUCUCGCCAACUGUCUCCGCCCCCUCCUACAGGGGCUAGUCCACCCUGACCAGGCCGGCUUUGUGCCCGCACGGGAAGCCAAAAACAAUACCACUAAGCUGCUCAACUUAAUACAUCUAGCCCACAGAUCGAACACACAGAGCCUACUAUUAGCGAUCGACGCUGAAAAAGCGUUCGACAGGGUGGACUGGUCCCUCAUGUUCGCCACAAUGGAGGCAAUUGGCUUCGGCCCCCACUGGCUACAAUGGCUACGCUCUAUAUACUCUAGGCCGCGUGCACGCAUUAGAGUAAAUGGCCAUCUAUCCGACCCAUUCCCAAUCACCAAUGGCACGAGACAGGGGUGCCCGCUGUCACCACUCCUUUUUGUACUCAUCAUGGAACCCUUCCUUCAAGGGAUUAGAGACAAUCCGGCCAUUCACGGUUUUAAGGUGCAAAAUCAUGAAUACAAGAUAGCAGCUUUUGCUGAUGACCUGCUGUUCACGGUUACACAACCGCUGAAUUCUAUGCCACAAAUCCUACAGGAAAUCACCUCCUACCAUAGGGUCUCCAACUUCAAAGUCAAUUAUACGAAAAGCGAAAUCCUCCCCCUAGUCCUCGCCAACUCCACCAAAUCCACCCUUGGAAACUCCCUCCCGUUCCUCUGGGCGCCCAGGGAUGUCAAAUACCUGGGAGUACACCUACCAACCCAUCUCACAGAUUUAUACGACCUAAACUUCCCACCACUGCUACAGACUAUUUCUCGGGACCUGACCAAGUGGCACAAACCACACUUCGGGUGGCUUUGCCGCAUUAAUAUUAUCAAAAUGAAUGUCCUCCCCAAACUUUUAUAUCUUCUCCAAACCCUCCCCAUUGCACUACCGACAUCCUUUUUCAACGACAUUAAGAAGACCUUCACCCGCUUUAUAUGGUCGCAUUCUCCCCCUAGGCUCACAUACAACACUCUUACAAGCCACAAACUCCACGGGGGCCUAGGCCUCCCAGACGUAGAACUAUACUACAAGGCUACUAUGUUACACAGAGUAUACGAAUGGACCAUCCCCAACAACCCCAAACAUUGGGUGAUCCUUGAAAAAUCUGCCUUUCAACAUCCCCUCCUCACUAUCCCGUGGCAAAGAACAGGGACAAUCUCCCUCUUGCAAGCUCACACAAAACACCCCACAAUCAUACCCACCCUUAAAGUGUGGUCACAAAUAAGAAAUAAACUAGGCAUAUCCCCCCACCCAUCUCCCCUCUAUCCACUGACUUACAACCCGGACUUCACGCCGGGCCUCUCCCCUUCCUCCUUUGCUGCGUUCCCACACACCCACUACCUGCAAUUACGCACCCUACUUGACGACCAAGGAAUUAGACCCCCUAACGCGUUCUGGGAAGAUACGCAACCUACGACCCUACAAAAAUUCCGCCACUCUCAACUCGCCCACUUCCUAUCAACCACCCCCAAUAUCCUCCAGGGACACCGGCAACUCACCUCAUUUGAACAACACUGUGUCUCCAGCGAUAUCAAAACGAAGCACCUCUCAUCCCUAUACAAACUGAUGCAAACGGAAAUAUCGCCCGUCCUGCCCAAAUACACAAAAGCCUGGGAAUCCGAUCUCAAUCUUUCCCUAACACAAUCAGACUGGAAACACGUGUUUUCCAAUAUACACAAAACAAGCAUGAGCACGCACACACAGGAAGGGAACUUUAAACUACUAUCCAGGUGGCACCUUACUCCUUCCAAAAUACACGCAAUCUUCCCGAAUGCUUCCGCGCAGUGCUGGAGAUGCCAACACCCCCAGGGAACCCCAAGCCACAUAUGGUGGACGUGUCCAGUCAUCCGCACUUACUGGUCCAAAAUCAUUAAGAUGAUUCACACCAUCACCAACGUACAACUACCCCAAUCCCCAGAAAUUGUACUCUUCCUCCUCCUCCCUCCAUCAGUUCCCAAGAACACAAAACCCCUAACCAGCCACCUUCUCACAGCGGCAAACGCCCUCAUCCCCAGCCACUGGAAAAAAUCAGAAGCGCCCACCAUCCGGACAUGGAUCAAUAAGGUUGACUCCAUACGCCUUUUAGAAGAAAUACACUACUCGAGGUCACACUCAUACAACACCUAUGAACGCACCUGGAGCCCGUGGCUACACUUCCUAAAAACUGAUGAGACCUCCAGAACACCAACUCCCAACUAACUUACUUAAAAAGCCUACACCCUCCCCACCCCCCCCUUCCACUCCCUUUAUAGUUUGACAACUCUGGCUGGACACAAUUUAGUGGGACUUAGUGGUUUCACAAAAGUAUAAAUUAGGAGGUUGAAUCACAUUUACUAUGGCAAAUCAACCAGCAACACCUGGUCUGUGAACCCACAGCACCCAGACUGGAACCUAUACUUACCGACCCCACCACAACCGGUACGACCCCGACACAAUCAAAACUAACUCAAUUUAUUUAUCUCCUUCUUUCACGCCUCUAAGAUCUCUAUAACCUACCUGACACAAAUAAGUUAGACAAGACCAGCCAGAGUGAAGUUAAUGCACAAUGUUAAAUGUUUGAAAAUUCACUGAUGAAUAUUGUUUAAUGCUCAGAACUAACCCAUAAGUGCAUAAUGGAAUGUGGACAUCAUACCUUGCGACCCGGAAGAAUUCUUCCAACGACAUUUCUCACACUACCUUGGCUCCACAACAUGACACCAUGUUCUGCUCAUUAUGUUAUUUACUCUAUGUUAACUCAAUGUACAACUCUGUUUGUAUGAAAAAUUUUGAUAAUAAAGACUUUGAAAUGGAAAAAAGAAUUUGGCGAUGACAGGCGGAACGAUUUCUCAUUACUACAAAAGACUCGCUGAUCGAACGUUCACAUGGGUCCCAGAUUUAUAGUUUCUGUUCUCUGUUUACAGGCUUGCUGUUGCUUCACUGUGAUGAUUUUGCCUGCAGAAUGGUUUGUUGCCCAACAAAUAGUCUGGGUACUGUGCGUGCCCAACAGUGACAGGUCGCUUUUUAAAUUUAUUUAUUUUUAUUUACCCCUGCUAGUGUUUCUAUCCUUUGACAUUGCCUUAAAAUAAAAACAAGCAUGCCUUGUGCCUUUUUAAAGAUGUUCAGUCCAGAGCAGAGAGAACCUUAAUGCUUGCCUAUCAUUCCAAGGGCACGGUCAUAUUGAUACUUAAAUAUAUUUUCACACCUCGCUGUAAAUAAACUAAAAUACUAAGCUACUUUCGUUUGACGGGUUUGUUUUUCUCUUAUGUUGCCAAAAGUGCCCCAAUAAUCAGUUCUGCCUAAAAAACAGAAAAAAAUGUCCUUUCCACCACUGAAUUAGACUUUUUUGCUUUUCUUUCAAUUUUUGUGAUGACCUUGUGUGACCGCUAUAUAAAGUGUAUGUUAAUCCUGAUCUCCAACUCCCAGUACUCUUGACUGAACAGGGUGAAUUUAUAGUAAUUGCUGCCAAAUUUAUAAACAAACCCCAAAAAAAAAAAAAAAUAUAUAUAUAUAUAUAUUAUAUAAUUUUAUUUAUUUAUUUAUUUUUUUUUUUACCUAUACGUCAACCCACACCCUUGUUUUAUAGUUUAAAGGAAAUGGGUCAUAGCUUGAAUCCAGAUUUUUAUUUUUAUAUUUUUUUUGACUCUGUGUACAUUUACCAUUGCAGUUGCAUUGAACUUUAAUCUGCUAAUAAUGUCCCCUACAUCAGUAGGUGUUUAUGCUGCUGUCUGUUGUGGUUGUGACGGUCGCACCGAGCUGGAAUCUUUUACAGUCUGCUUUGCGGAACAUUUGGAAAUUCUGCAAAAAACAAACUGGGGAUUAGCAGUUAAUUAAAAAUAACUUGUUCUAAAAAUGUGCUGGAUAGCAAGGGCAAUGUGUUUCAACGUUCUUCAACAUUUGAUACUUCCUUUUGCAUGACAGAGGUCCUUUAAACAUGGUCAUUGAGUGAGCUCACCUUUCACAUUGCAUCCCAGUUGUUCCUACAGAGUCUCUUAAAUAAAAUACUGUUUUUUACAUUUUUAUUUCUGGAGUAAGCUCUGCAUUGUCAUAAAAUAAAUAGUGAAUAUCCAGGUUGAGAACAAUUGGACUUAUUGGCACGACACCCAUAUCAUAAAAAUAUUUCUCUAAAUGCAGUCAUCUACAACAAUAGGGGAUAAUCCAAUUUCAUGUUAUGGGAAAACUUCAAAAAAAAAAAAAUAAAAAAAAAAUUCAACUCCUGAUCUAUACUGAGGAAUACAUUUUUAUUUUAAUUUUCUUUGCAAAACAAUCAACAUCCAUUUCUUUGCUGAGCUGUAAACACGGUGUGCUUGUGAGAUGGUGGAUAUGUGGCCAUAUUAAAGGGAAUGUCUGAUCAAAGAUUACCUUUGUUAAUGGUCUAGUGAACAUGGGCGUCCGCAGGAAUUUUUCUGGGGGGAGGGGCAGCAUUAUUGUAAUGACCUCCAUGCUUGGCUCCUUCUUGACAGUGUCAUAAAGGGGAGGAGCAUAUUUAUUAUCACAUAAAGCCAGGGUGAAUAGAGUUUUCAUACUAUGGUGUCAGGAACUGAGUGGGGAUCCACCGAAGGGCAGGCUAAUUGAGCUGUUGUCCACCCUCCGCACUCUCUGGCGACUUGUUUUUUUGCCCUGUCAGGAAUACAUGUGUGUAUUCCUGACACUAUAGUGUUCCUUUAAGCAAUUAAAAGGAACAUUCUGGUCACCAUAACAACUUCAUCUAAAUGAAAAUGCUGUGAUGCCAGGCUGCCUGGGUGCUCUUUCCUUUAAGAGGUUAAAACACUCAUAUGGUUUAACCCCAAAGGCUUCCUCCAGGUCGCUCAGUGGUAUUCGGCUUCUGAAACGGAGUGUCAGGAAUUGCAGAUUGACGUCAGGCUAGAGUGGUCAGUUGACGCUCUAAGCCAAUCGCUAGUUCCCGGUUCAUAAUGUUUUUUACUUUUUUAUGAAAGUGCCCCCCUCCCCCCCCCCUGCGGACGCCCAUGCUGACUUUUUUCAGAGUAGUUUGCACAAAUUCACUGAUACCUGUAAUUGGUGAAGUUUCAGCUCUGAUGGCAAUGAGCUAGCAGAUCCCAAAAGAUACACAAAUAUGGCACUUACAGAGUUCCCUAGAGUUGAGAAUUUCCAACGUUAAGCCAGUGUAACGGAAUUGGAAACAUUCUCAAAUUCCACCAUGUUUUCGGUUUGGCUAUUUUAGUGUAAACUUUGAGUUCCUGAUUGAUCACACUGUAGUAAAUAAUACUUUUAUUUCUUCUAGUUCGUGUAUGGUAGGCUCUUUUGUGUUGGCAUUAAUUUUCCUUUGCAUGCAUAGUACUACAUUCAUCAUACUUUUCACAGAUAAUACUAUAUAGUGGCAGAGGUGUAAAAGCAAGGAUGUGUACAUUUGUGUAGAGUAUACAAGAGUAAGGACUUGUCUGUAGAUCAAAAUACAAUGCCGUUUUCGUGGAGACUCAGAUAUGAGAACCAGCAUUUCUGCAUUUGAGGGAUCAUAGUUUUGUGAGGAGAAAACUGCACUACUCAUAUCUCUUAAUAGGAAGGGAGUGGAGCGUUUGGCAAAAGAAAAUUCUGAACAGGUGAUGAGGAAGAGCGGAAAGUGGCAAUGUAAGAACCAACCAGAAACUCUUUACUUUUUGGAUUCCGUGUUUGUUCCGCUUCCCAUGUAUUGUACAGUUUAGUAGGAACCUUGUUCCAAGUACUUUAAAUGUAUUCUAACCUGUAACACACCGUGUAUAACGCCUAUCCUUGGCAUUUACCAAGAUUUAUUUUAUCACUGUAGACUAGCAUUUCGUAGAAUGUAGCUAGAUUAGGGCGAGAACAUUUGCCGGGAUUGGCGGUGAAUAUAGUGACUUCUGUAAACUUCCUUUAGCCAUUGUUUAGCACUGCUAUGUUACUAUAACUGUUUAGUAGUAAACUAGUAAUGUCAUAAUACUGGUACAGUAUUCCAACAAACACAUACACAAGGUACAGUAAGGAAGUGAACAUUUUUAUUAAAGCAACGGUGUUUGUUUUUCUCUAGGUAUUGGAUAAUUGUGGUUUAUUGGGAUAGUCGCUGUAAUAAUUUUAGAUACGUAAUGAUGGUUCUAGUAUAGCCGGACACAUUCUGGAUAAAGUGCUAGCUAUUCCAGAUUGAAAUUUGAAGGGGACUUUAUUCAGGCACAGUCUGCCUAUUUUCUGUUUUGUACAAUAAUCUCCCGCCCAAAACCAGGACUUCAUUCUGAAAAUGACAAUAAACCUGAAAGAAGUUGGUCUGUGAAUUACCUUCUGGAUGAUGAUGAUGAUUAGUGUCUGUUGUGAAUGAUUGUAGAUCUUGUAUUUAUGUUCUCUUUAUGCCAAUGCAUGUUGAAAUUCAAUGGCUGUUGGAGGAGCACUGUGAGUUUAUCUUAUGAAUUCAAUGUGUUGGGGAGUGAGGGGGGAACAAAAGGAUUGUACUCCUCAAUAGGUUUUAUAGCGAAUAGCUUAGAUCAUUAUUAUUUUCAUUCUGUAGAUGAUGCCUUUAUCAAUCCCCAGCUGCAAAAGAUCUUCGAGAGGGUGCGUCAGAGUGCAGACUUCAUGCCCAUUAAGCAAAUGAUGGUGAGUUCUAGCUUUUCAUUGUUUGAAAGGCAAAUGUAUGGUUUUAUUUAAUGAACCAGGAAUUGCAAUUCUUUGACAAGGCAAUGCUAUUUUGUAUGGGUUUUUAAUGUUCCCUCUUCCAUACUCUCCUUCCACCAUCCGAAACAAAAAAUUACCCAUAACCGUUAUGUGAAGGCAACAUUCCAUUGGUUAAGCGAAGUGUCUGUCUGUACAUUAUUGUUUUUCUACAUAUCAUAUGUCUAUAUCUCAUUAAUUAGUAUGAUGGUUAAUGUCUUGUAGAAAACAUUAAACGCAGAUCUGGGCCCAAACUGGCGAGACCAGCUCGACUUCUUUGAAGAGCGUCCCUUUGCUGCUGCAUCCAUUGGACAGGUCCAUCUCGCCAGACUCAAAGAUGGAAGAGAGGUUGCCAUGAAAAUUCAGGUAGGUGUGACUUUCCUGGAGCUACUGUGUUGAUUAUAUACAAUGCAAGCAAUGGGAUAGUGCUAGGUUGAUAUGCUUCUCCGAACAUAUUGGAAAGGGGACAUGUUUUGGUGUUUUUCAAAGGUGUUAAGGAAUAUCCAAGACUUAACUGAUGACAUGCUAUGCCAUCUCUAGAGUGUUUUCUAUACAGUAAUGUCCUUAUUGUAUAAUAGUGUCAACAGCUGUAACUAUUCUGUUGUCAUUACAUUAGGACAUUGUGUCACUGGUUCUGUAAGGUCAAGAUUGUUAUAGCAUGUAAACGAAUAGUGGGCUGGAGCCUAUUAAAUGUGUAAUGCAGUGGGGGUGGGGCCUGAUAGCCAAGAUGGCCGGACCUGAUUUGUUUGAAAGCUCCCGCAGACAAAAUCCCACUAAUCCUGUCCAAACAGAAGCCAGAAACUUAAGGAGCUUGGAAGGUGAGAUAGGACCUAGCAGGGAACAGAAUGAUACCUGUCCCGCGCCGAUCCGCACUACAAAAGCCUGAACCGGCCAUGCGCCCUAAAACGGCGGGAGUUAUCCAGGUCCUCGCUGGGGACAAUCACCCCCAAUCAAGCGACAAAGCCCACAGACAGGCAGAAAUGACAGGGCCUAACCAAGAUGGCGGCUGGGAUGCGGCCCGCAAUGGGGAGAACCCACAUUAAGCCACCAACACCUACUCUAGAGUUCUUUGACUGGCUUGGCGCUAGCCUCUGGACAGAACUCCAUACCAAAGGCCGGAUCUUUAAGCUAGCGUUGAAACAAGCAGCGUCAUGGAUUCGCCCUACAAUCCGACGCCAACUAUGCAGACACCCGCCCACAGCUCCCAUUGCGGUCUCCCGACGGAGGAGAAACAGAACACGCUCGAGCACACACCAGUGGGGGACCACCCACCUCACCGGACCCACUCACCACCCUACGGCGUCUGAAACCACCGACCAUCAGGCGGAACUCGCCACCUCCCAGGCUCACACUUGGGAAGGUGGGAGCAAUCGAAGCGGCGAACACCCCACAUGGGCUUUGGAAAGGACUCGACGAGAGAGAACAGAAAGUCACUGCCCACCACGUUAACCGGGAGGCUGCCGAAACUCACCUCUCAAAUGACAUACCGAGAAUCAGCAGGGGAACUGGGACUGUACCCACAAUGGGCUCACGCCCCUGGCCCGAGCAGCACCCACACAACUCCAACGGCCCCACAAGGCGGGCAUCUGCUGAUUACAGACCACCCUGGUGACUAAGACCUACGUACCCCAUAUGAGUAAGGGGGAAGGUUUCCUGUGCUGCGACACAAACUCCCAAUCUGCUGAUUUUUACAGACCUGCCAUCUCCUGCUUCACACCUCACAGGGACGACGGUCCCCAUCACCUGCACGGUUGUUGUGCAUAACCCUGGUCUGCCAAGGACUCUUUCUCAUGCAGAUAAGCAAAGCUACCAGGGAUUCUUAUGUUAAAUUUGUUACAAUAUGUUUAAGUUGUUUAAACCCUGGUUACUUUAUCACCUUACCUAACAAGCGUUGACUUUGGUGAAAGCUUGAAAGUUAGUCAUGGUCAAUAUUAAGUUUAAUAUUUCAGCUAAGAUAACGAACAGAAAUGAAUAGCUAAGUAUACGCCUCAAUAGUCUUAACCUUGUCUAGCAAAUCUGUCUCCGUGCUAUUGCACACUAAGCGAGGUCUCUAUCAUUACCUGUAAUAUGCCUGUCUCUACAGCAUGAGCCCAGUUUGCUAGCAUACACACUAAAAUCGUAUCUCUUACAUGGAAAUAAUCUAUCCAGUUCUAGCAUGUUAUUAAUUACCACAGUUAACGCAUGAACCAAACAUGUUUGCAUAACUAAUAUAUUUAUACCUACAUGUAAAUCGAUACUUUAAUGCUAUGUUUCUUAAGCCUGAUAAAAUAAAAAAUUGUGCCAGUUAAGAAUACACCCCGCAUGCUCAAAAAGCCUGAGGAUUGCCUUCGGGGUACCUCAAGCCUGCCUGUAAUAUAUGCGUGCACUACAAAAAUAAUAAUAAAAAAGUGUAAUGCAGUACAGUAGAACAUGGAAAUCAUGGUUUGAUGCUGUAUAUAGAAACUUCUAACAGCUGCAUCCCAGGCCUCCUUUAUGUGCCCUUUGAUAUAGAGCUCUGCAAAGGGCAGUUCACAAAACACAGAACGUAAUGUGCCACCAUGUUCUAAGAUGCACUCUGUACAAUACCCUUUAUCACAGAGUAGUCGUGCGUAUAUUUAUAGCGUUUGCGGGCGGGGGGUUGUUGGUAAGGGGGAUUUUAUAUUGUUAGUGUCGUAAUGUUUGUUUUUCCUCCUCCUCUCUUUGUACAGUAUCCUGGGGUGGCUCAGAGCAUCCAUAGUGAUGUGACUAACCUUAUGACUGUUCUGAAUAUGAGCAACGCUCUUCCCGAAGGUACUGAUUUUCUCCUAGUUUCACUUUGGAUCUAAAUCUCUAGUACAGAUACUGUGGUUGUUAAGGAUACAGAGUAACUUUGCUAAUUAGCUUUGUAUGUGUGCGCACCAUGUCUCUAUAACUUCCUUUCUUUGUCCCAGGCCUUUUUCCUGAGCACCUGAUUGACGUUCUGAGCAGAGAGCUGGCCCUGGAGUGCAAUUAUAAAAGGGAAGCAGCUUGUGCUAAAAAAUUUAAGUAUGUUAAUGUUUUUUUUGUUUUGUUUUUUUUUAAGUGCAAAAUGUCAUCAGGGAAAGUUCUUCUAGUUUCAGGCAUGUGAACACUUUAACCCAUUAAUAAAGGGGUUAAAAGGAAACAAAGUAUAAUAUGAGACAAAUUAGCACCAUUGUGUGUGUUAUUCAGGGAUACAUAAAAUUGUAAGAAGUGUGUAAACAUUGUGGGAUGAACAGUUUGUGGUUAUUUAGUAUCCUUUGCUGUACAAUAUAAAAUUCUGAAUUUGAAAUGUUGGCAUUAAAGGAAACCUGUUUUUGGCCUCAUCAUAAUAAUAUGAUUUAUCUUUAUUAGUUUAAAAUGGUGACGUACCAUGUUUAUAUGUACUUGUGACGAACUGAUUAUCAUUGUGGUGGCGUUUGUGGGCAGCUUCCCAUAAAUAUAAUUCUGCACACAUACAUUUUCACAAACUAAAAACCAUUGGAAUGCCAUGAAUGUGUGCCAUAAAGCAGUAACUGGAAGAUAAACCUGAGUGUCCUGCUCGCACUUUGUUCCAUCAGAGAGUUGCUGAAGGACCAUCCGUUCUUCUACGUCCCCAGCGUGGUUGAUGAGCUGUGCAGUGACCAUGUCUUGACCACUGAAUUGGUUUCUGGUUUCCCCCUUGACCAAGCAGAGGGCCUGAGCCAAGAAAUCCGCAAUGAGGUAAUUCUUAAUUCUCCCUCUAAAAAAACAACCAAGUCUUUUAGGAUCGAUCGUUAUACUGCAUUGUAAAAGUGACAAAUCAAUAUCCUUUUUCAGUAUUAUAUUCCAUGCAGCUUUUCAAUGAGAAAUGCUAGUUCAGUACCUCCCAACGGAGUUCAUUACGGUUUGAACUUCCUAUCAUUUACUAAAUCAAAGCCUGCAUCGGUACUCCACACAGGAGACCCAGCUGGAUUGCAUUCUGAGUUAAGCUUCUUCCAACCACUCGUAUGAUUGUCCGCUAUUCUGCAGAGUUUCCUUUUCUUUCUGUCAUCCGGUUCCCGGCUGAACCGGCCGUGAAGGCAAUCCGCACAUAUAUCCUGUCCCAGGCAGUUAGGUGAUGAUUACAAAUUAAGAUUCAGUUGGUGAGCCUUGACUGGUCAUUGUAAGACCGGUUUGCUGUGUCUGUUCUUUUUAAAAGCUUUGACAAAGUCCGUUGAAUACAUGGGUUGCACACAACUUUAUCUUUUCUGUAACAUUCCCUCUGUCAUCUGUCCUUUAACUUCAGAUCACCCCUCCCGUCCUUGCAGGUGUAUAAAAAUGCUAAUUUCAGGUGUAUCUACUUCAGGAAUGUUGACACCUGGUUUGAUAUGCCUGUCCCAGAUUGUCCAGGUUUGAGACAAAAUGGGGCUUUCUGUUGCAACAAGAAACACUGUUAAAAGCAGGAAGGUAUUGGUAUUGGCGUACAUAAUGAAUAGUCCGUGAUCUCACUAUCUGAAAUAUUAAGUUACUGAAUCUUGGGGAUUACCUGUAAAACACAUUAAAUGUAUAUUUUACGAUUAUAAAUUUUGCCUUUUAUUGCUCCAUCAAGAGGCCGAAGUAACAUAGAAACAUAGAAUGUGACGGCAGAUAAGAACCAUUCGGCCCAUCUAGUCUGCCCAAUUUUCUAAAUACUUUCUUUAGUCCCUAGCCUUAUCUUAUAGUUAGGAUAGCCUUAUGCCUAUCCCACGCAUGCUUAAACUCCUUUACUGUGUUAACCUCUACCACUUCAGCUGGAAGGCUAUUCCAUGCAUCCACUACCCUCUCAGUAAAGUAAUACUUCCUGAUAUUAUUUUUUUAAACCUUUGUCCCUCUAAUUUAAGACUAUGUCCUCUUGUUGUGGUAGUUUUUCUUCUUUUAAAUAGUCUCCUCCUUUACUGUGUUGAUUCCCUUUAUAUAUUUAAAUGUUUCUAUCAUAUCCCCCCUGUCUCGUCUUUCCUCCAAGCUAUACAUGUUAAGAUCUUUUAACCUUUCCUGGUAAGUUUUAUCCUGCAAUCCAUGAACCAGUUUAGUAGCCCUUCUCUGAACCCUCUCUAAUAGGGAUCGACCGAUAUUGAUUUUUUAGAGCCGAUACCGAUACCGAUAUUCUGUGAACUUUCAGGCCGAUAGCCGAUAUAAUUUGCCGAUAUUCUGUACAUUUACCAUUUUGGAAAAUAAAAACUAUUUCUAAAGGUAAAUGCACAAAAUAUACAUGCAACGUGCAGUGGAUGCAGUGUGACAGGGGAGCUGUGUGUGUUUGUGUAGUGUGUGUAGUGGAUGCAGUGUGUGUUUGUGUAGUGUGUGUGUUGUGGAUGCAGUGUGUGGAGGAUGCAAUGUGUGUUUGUGUAGGGGAUGCAGUAUGUAUUUGUCUAGUGUGUGUGUAGUGGAUGCAGUGUGUAUUAGUGUAGUGUGUAUAUAAUGAAAGCAGAGUGUGUGGGUAGUGUGCGUAAAGUGAAUGCUGUAUAUACUAAAUUCAAAGUGUGUGUGUAUAUAAUGAAUGCAGAGUGUGUGUGUGUAUUUGUGUAGUGUGUGUAUAGUGAAUGUAGUGUGUUUAUAUAAUGCAGAGUGUGUGUAUAUAAUGCAGUGUGUUUGUGUAGUGUGCAUUAUAUAAACACACUACACAAACACUGCAUUAUAUAAACACUACACAAACACUGCAUUAUAUAAACACUACACAAACACACACACUGCAUUAUAUACACACUACACAAACACACACUGCACAAACACACUACACAAACACACACUGCAUUAUAUAAACACACUACACAAACUGCAUUAUAUAAACACACUACACAAACACACACUGCAUUAUACACACACUAUACAAACACACACACUGCAUUAUAUGCACACACACACUAUACAAACACACUGAAUUAUAUACACACACUAUACAAACACACACUGCAUUAUAUAAACACACUACACAAACACAGACUGCAUUAUACACACACACACUAUACAAACACACACACUGCAUUAUAUACACACACACACACUAUACAAACACACUGAAUUAUAUACACACUAUACAAACACACACUGCAUUAUAUAAACACACUACACAAACACUGCAUUAUAUACACAGUGUGUUUGUAUAGUGUGUGUAUAUAAUGCAGUGUAUUUGUGUGCAUUGUAUACAAACACACACACACACACUAUACAAACACACACUGUAUUAUAUACACAGUGUGUUUGUGUAGUGUAUGUGUAUAUAAUGCAGUGUGUGAGGGGGCAUUUUUUAUUAAAUUAUUUAAAAAAAAAUGUAUAAUUAAUUCUUAUUUAUUUUUGUUGUCCCCCCUCCCUGCUUGUUACCUGGCCAGGGAGGGGGCAUAUGACAGUCCCUGGUGGUCCAGUGGUAUUGGCUGAGCUGGGGGGGCGGAGAGCAAGCGCUUACUCACCUCCCAGCAGCUCCUCCAGCUCCCCAAUGUAACUCUCGCGGCCAGCGUGUCGCGCGGAGCGUUGCCAUGGUGAUCCAUGGCAACGCUCGGAAGGCCGCGGGUCUCGCGAGAGUUGCAUUGGGGAGCUGAAGGAGCUGCUGGGAGGUGAGUAAGCGCUUGCUCUCCGCCCCCCCAGGACCGCCGGGUUUGUAAUGAGCCCGGCGGUCCUAGGAGGUAUUAUCGGCAAUAUCGGUAUCUGAAUUGGCCGAUACCGAUAUUGCCGAGAAUACCGAAUAUCGGCCGAUUAUAUCGGUAAAACCGAUAAUCGGUCGAUCCCUACUCUCUAAGGUAUCAAUAUCCUUCUGAAGAUACGGUCUCCAGUACUGUGUACAAUACUCCAAGUGAGGUCUCACCAGUGUUCUGUAUAAUGGCAUGAGCACUUCCCUCUUUCUACUGCUAAUACCUCUCCCUAUACAACCAAGCAUUCUGCUAGCAUUUCCUGCUGCUCUAUUACAUUGUCUGCCUACCUUUAAGUCAUCAGAAAUAAUAAGUAUGUCUUGUGCUACAGAAUGACUGAGUGCACCCAAGAGUUGUACUGCCAGCUCUUCCCGUGUACAUAUAUGUAUGCAAGACAACUGUAAGGUCUAGAAGCCCUCCCCUACAAGGAGGUUUAUUUUAUCAUUCAGCCCUGGAGAGUAUUCUAUGGCUUGAAGUGGUGAGUACUUUUUAGGACCUGGGUAGUAGCAAUGUAUAUCUAUAAGAGUAGAGGUGGCCAAAAGAUGGAUCACCAGCUGUUUUAGAAUUACUACUCCUAUGACCUUUUGCCAGCCUUAAUCUUGGGGAUCUUCCCUUUGAAAUAACUGCAGAUAUUUUUUCAUUACUGUUCAGUUAUUUGUUUUACGCACCUUAAUUGAUUGGUAUUGGCUGUAAUACAUGGCAGUGACCAGGUUAAUAUUUUGGGUGUAACAGGUAGGGCCCGCCCCUUCUUUUUAUUUAUUCUUCUUUUGACCUGGCAACUUUCGCUCCCCCUAUGGGUGCAAUGUUUGUAUGACCUUGAAUAGCCCUUGCUUGAUUCGUGUUGGGAACGUGACAGUUGUGUGAUAGAUCUAAGUUACAGCUAGGCUCCUGGAUCUUUGCCACGCACUGCCUCCCAUUUGUGUAACCGAUCCAAAAUAGCCCUCUUACUAUGUGGCAUAAGGGUCUUGGAAAAUUACAGCCGGUAAACAAAAAGAGAGUCGGUGAGGGCCAAUUUAUAUUUAUAUAUAAAUUUAUUUUUAGGCAUAUUUGGUUCUUUGCUUUACAAAAAGAGAUGGAUUUAUAGUGAACAAUUAUUGAUACAGAUAUGUGUAAUGUACAGGUUUGUUAUUUUUAUUUUAUUUAUAUAGUGCCAGCAAAUUCCAUAGCGCUGUACAAUGGGUAUGUACAUUAAUUUAAAUGUGAAUGUAUUAAUUAGCACAGUAUUAACUCACUAUGUGCUCACAACUCAGGAAUUCAGUUAUUUAUUCGAUAUAGAUUCACUGAAUACCCUAAAAAUCACCCUACAAGUAUUUUUAAAAGUACAGUAUGCAGAAGAAUAACUGUUGCUGCUUGGAUUGACCAGUCAAUUACCCUUUUUGAAGGAUUAGAACAUAGUCUGCUUUGUCACUUUGAAGGCCUGGGUGCAGUUUGGUACAUGUAGUGGCAAGGUAUAAUUUGUAUUUAUGAACUAUAAAGCCGUGUUUUUAUUUUUUAUUUUUUUUUUCUUCCACUUAUUUAUUUAGUAAAUCUUUGUUUUUUCUGAGCAUUACCCUCUUGUGAAAUUACUUACCAUAACUGGGGUGAGUACAUAAUCUUCAACCCAUGCCAUUUGGAGGGUUUAAACCUGGCACUUUAAAGGGACACUCCAGGCACCCAGACCCCUUCUGCCCAUUGGAGUGGUCUGGGUGCCAACUCCCACUACCCUUAACUCUGCAACUGUAAUUUUUGCAAUUUUCAUAAACUGCAAUAAUUACCUUGCAGGGUUAACCCCUCCUCUAGUGGUUGUCUACUAGACAGCCACUAAGGGCACUUCAUGGUCUAUAGCACAGGUUUUCUGUGCUAUAGCGUCGCUGUAUGUCCUCACGUGGUGUGAGGACCUCCAGGUUUGCUAAAAUCCCCAUAGGAAAGCAUUGAAAAGCUUUUUUUUUUUUUUUUUAUGCUUUCCUAUGGAGAGGUCUAAUGCGCGUGCACGGCACUCCCCCACCGGUGGGUGGGAUGAGUUUUCCCUGGUGACUGGGAGGAGCGUGAGCGGAGGAAGAAGCAGUGACGAGGGACAUCGUCGCUGCCUCUGGUAAGUCACUGAAGGGGUUUUCACCCCUUCAGCAACCGUGAUGAGAGGGGACCUGCAGUGCCAGGAAAAUGGAUUGUUUUCCUGGCACUGGAUAGUCCCUUUAAGGUUUGGAAUAAGUUAAUUGAGCUGUAGUGUGGGCCAGGAUUUAAUACCAGGUUUAUUUAUAGUAACUUGUGUCUCUGGGGUAAUUGGGUCAGAGGCCAGCCAUAUCUUCUCUUUAUGUAGUUGCUGUCAUGGCUGUAAACUUGCAGGUAUUUUCAAAGAACCGCAUGAAUAUGUAUACGUAUUGCAACAGCACCAAACAGUGGGUUUUGCAUCCAAUCCAUGAAACCAGUCGAACAGCAGAUAACUAAUUUAUAAAGCUUUUUUUAAGUUUGGACCACACAGUACUCCUCCUCACAGCACUAGAAAAUUGUUGCAAAACCAAAAUAUUCUCAAAUCCCUGCAACAAUUUAGAAUUCCCCCCCCCCAUUUCACACAACAUGCAUGUGGUGGUUUAAUCCUGCACCAUGGUGAAUGCACACCAGGUAACUGGUAUGAGGCAUGCUUCCAAUUCCAACAGGGUGCUUGAGAUGCACGGCCAGUUCACAGGUUGAAUGCAUGCACGGGUUACGAUACCUUCCUUUGUGAUUAUGGACCGCUACCACAUAUGACGGGUGUGACUGCAGGAGCCUGGCACCAAUAUUCAAACCAUUUGUGGGUCACUUGGAUAUUUUAACUCUGUAAAGCUGAUAUUCUGUGACUGUGAUUUUUCCUUCUGUUAAGGUGUGCAAUGACUUUUGUCCAUUCUGGUGCAUUUGAGGUAGGAAAACCUUUUCCUCUCAUUUAAUGUGUCUGAUUUUGUAGGUUUUAGACUCUCGCUAGUUCCUUUGCAAUAAAGUCAAAUCCAGCAAAAUCCAAUAAUUGCAAGAAAAUGUGUUGGGUGGAGCAGAGAAUUGAUUGUAGUCUGUGCAACACCAGACUAAAUCUGAAAAUGUUGUCUCUUUUCGAGGAGAUAUAUCAUAUCAUCAUAAUCUGCUUUAACACGACAGCAGUAUACCUGGUGACUAGACAAUCUGAAUUAUCUGGAUGCUUUCUUAAUUACUUGGAACUUUUAUUUAGUCUGUUUCCCAGUUGUGGCUCCAUUUUUUUUUUUUUUUUUUUGAGGUCAUAAUGAUUAUUAAAUUUUGGUCUCGAAGGGCAUGGAUGACCUAUUUCAUAGAGUUGUCAAGAGAAAGAUAUUGCUCUCUACCAUAACUGCAAUCUUGAAACAGACCCUGUUGACUCGUGUUUUAUUCAAAGUUUGUCUUAUUACUUUGCUUCUGAACAGAGCAUCAUAGAGGCCAGAAGCCUAGGUUUAAAUGAGCAUGUAGACUUUUUUUUGUUCUAGAUAAGAACCUGGAGCUUUGAUGUCAUGUGGAUCAGCAGACGUCUGUUUUUCCUAGUUUAGUGCAGAAAUAAAUCCUCCUCUGCGGUUAGAACCCACCCCACGAGGUCUCUUUCUACCGUCUGAACCUCUCCAGCUUCAGCCCUGGCAAAUUGGAUUUCUAGUGCUUGGACAUAUCUUCACCGAGCAUUACCAAUUAGACAUCCAAACCACAGGAUUUGAACGGUUAGGAACAGUGGUAAAAUGACCAGAGCCAACCAUGAUUUCUAGUACUGUGGGAGCAGUAAUGGGUAAUCUGAAUGUAAAAUGUUUCACUUUUAGUUAUGUGUUGCCUGUCUUAUUAAUUGUUGCUUUUUUUUCCCAAAUGAGAAUCCCCCUCUUACGACUGUAAAUUUGCUUUCAUUUUAUGUCUGGUAAAUAGAAGGAAUCCUACAUAAAGCAUUCACUGUUAGAAUUUGGCACUUCUCGUAGUAACCCCUCUAACCCAUACUGCUGCCUGCAACGCAGCGCAUUACUUCGUCCUCGGGAGCCCAGGCGGUUAAAUGGGGAAUUCUCUAUUUUAAGACAAUCUUCCAGACUCUCGUCCUUACAAAAAAAGUAAACAAAGUGCUAAAAUGGAGUCUCCGUACUACGUAAUUUGUAAUGACUAAAUGUUGUCAGGAAAUCGAAAAUAUAAACUCUGUGGGGAGGAUAAUUUUGUGACAUUUCAAAGCGCAAAUGUAAUUUGCAAUAUCUCAAGGUUUUCAUAAAGAUGCUUGGAAAUGUCACUGUAGGCAGUAUAAUCAUUUCAUCUUAUUGAAUUGUUAAUAGUGCCUGGAGUCCUCUUGUGCUGUCCCUCCAGUCAAUGUUAAACCAUUUUCAAGCAGUUUAAUGUUAAAUAAGGGUCCGUGGCUGUCCACAGCAUGGGCCCCCACUGGAGGUGUGGCUAAGGUAGAGAUGACACACUUCCUUCUAGCCAUUUUAAUUCAUACCAGCAAUAAGCACUAUGAUAGGCUGCAGUCAGUUGACACUCUGCCAAUCACAGACACUCAUUGCUGUUCAGACUAAUUCUUCCUAAUGAGCCCAAACAGCACGGAGGGCUAAUUUAGCAUUAUAAACCUUUUUAAUGCUGAAUGGUGUCAGGAGAUGAGUUACAAGGCCUACAGUGUCUCAUUUAAGCAUAAUAUUAAACAAACAAACCCUGCACUAAACCAAAAUAAAUUAUAUGAUAAACAAACCAAUGCUUCUAAAUCCCACUAAUUGGCACUGAUAAUGUUUCACUGAGCCCUUGUUUUAACCUCUGAAUAUUGAAAAGGAGUUGCUUUUUAGGACUGGAACAGAUUCCAAAGCUUGCAGAUGUUGCUGCUAUUAUUUAUUGUCAUGGUAUUUGUGUAUUCCUGGAAUAUGACUUACUAUCUCCUAUUGACCUAACUGCGCAAUAAAGGGAACUGCUCCAUUUGAGUUACAUUUGCCUAGUUAAUAGCCUGUUUUAGUUUAAAAUAUUUGUUUUGUUGUUUUUUUUUUUUUUCAGAUCUGCUCCAAUAUUCUACUCCUGUGUCUGCGAGAGCUGUUUGAGUUCAGAUUCAUGCAGACUGACCCAAACUGGUCCAACUUCUUUUAUGACCCACAACUUCAUAAGGUAACUUAGUCGUUGUGUAAAUUCAUGGCUUUGUCUGUCAUUUAAAUACACAAUAUGAGAAAGCUGCAUAGGUCAAUCAUUACCUGCACUGUUUGUCAAGCCCAGAUCUUUGGUCACUCUCUAUCAUUUGAUCUUCAUUUAUGCAAUACAUAUAUUUUAUUAGCUAAAUAUUAUUGAAGUGGCUUCUGUGCAAGUGUAUUUAAUUGUCCGAAGCAGGUCCGUUAACAGAUUAUUUUUUUUUUUUUAAUUCAUGUCUCACUAGGUUGCUUUGUUGGACUUUGGAGCAACAAGAGGCUUUGAUGAGCAUUUCACGGACAUGUACAUUGAGGUGAGAUGUUUUUCUCAUAUAUCAGACACCACGUGCUUUUGUUAAUGGCCAGGAGUGCCCUUUUAAUGUUCCUUUGCUUCCUAUAUUUAAACACGGUGCCUUGUCUGUUGUUGGUCACCUUUAAAUACCCAGAAUGAAUAAAUUCCUAGCCCAGGAAAUCUCAGCUGUGUUCCUCUAGAUCACCCUUUCUACAAACAUGUUUGUCUAACUUAUUGUUUCCUUCUUGAUUGUUCUUCUAUGCUUCUGUUUUAUAGGUAAUCAGGGCUGCUGCUGACAGAGACCGGGAGAAGCUAUUAAGAAAGUCUAUUGAAAUGAAUUUCCUGACUGGUUAUGAAUCCAAGGUAGGGGUCUCUUUAAAGGAUGUGGCUGUUAGAAACGGAUUCAGUCUUUGUGAUAUCCAUUCCAAAUGUGAACUUUUCCAUUCCCAUAAACAUUUAAAUAUUGAUUACAGCGCUGUCUGUGUGGAGACAGAUAUAGAUAUCCACACAGACAGCGCUGUAAUCAAUAUUUAAAUGUUUAUGGGAAUGGAAAAGUUCACAUUUGGAAUGGAUAUCACAAAGACUGAAUCCAUUUCUAUAUUAUUAUACAGAUUCCCACAAUCAUUCAGUUCAUUCUUUGCUGGUGAAAAUAAAUAUUUAGCCGGUUUAUAUUCCAUUUAACAAAGUAUAAAGUGCGUGUUUUUGUUGGUGCUAUACACGAGCUGACUGCAACUGUUUUUAAAUGUUUUUUUUGUUUUUGCACGGCAGACAAUGGAAAAUGCACACUUGGAAGCGGUUUUGAUUCUGGGUGAAGCCUUUGCUUCAGAUACUCCAUUCAAUUUUGGUUGCCAGAGUACCACAGAGCGGAUUCAUGGUCUGAUACCGGUCAUGUUAAAACACCGGCUCGUCCCACCACCAGAGGAAACAUACUCUCUGCAUCGCAAGAUGGGAGGCUCCUUCCUCAUCUGCUCCAAGCUAAAGGCUCAGAUUCCUUGCAAGAACAUGUUUGAGGAGAUCUACAGGAAUUAUUGGAAGGGAAGGGAAGACAAGAAACCAUAACUUCUCGGCCAUUUAACCUUAUUCCAGAUGUCUCUUGUCUGUUAAUCCUAGUAAAACAGUAUAUAAAGCUUGGGGGUCCCUCUAGCCACAGGUACAACAACCCUUAUUGCUGAAAAUGGCCCCUUAUUUGGAUUUUUUUUUUGUAUCUCCAGUGACUUUUUUUCUUCCUCGUGGCUUAAGAUGGGCUUGGAAAUCCUAGAUUGUAUAUUGUAAGUGAGAAGGAGAACUGGACCUUUUAAAGACUAUAAGAUGAUCAUGAAGAAAUCUUUAGCUCUGAGAAGAGAGGCGAAAUGUGGAGAUACACUGACCGCUGUAGAAAGAUGUAAAGUGAUGCUGUUUGAACGUUACAGUAAAGUAAGGAGACUGCUCUGCAACGUGGUGGAGAGAUUUUGCUUUUACUUUAUGUAAGCUACAACUGCAGUGCACUUCAGUUUUCUGUAAUCAUCUUUGGUUUUGUCUAAUCAAAUGAAAUGCUUUUUGUACAGUGAAACUGAUUUUGGAGCUAUCAGUCUAAUCACAGUGGGCUCUCGAUUUAAAUGAUUUUAGAAGCUAUCUUUUUUUUUUUUUUUUUUUUUUUGUCUUUUUGAAACCCUUGGGGUUGAGGAGAACAUCGCUAAAUAUAGGACUCAUUUUUUUUUUUUUUUUGCAUUGUCAUUUUGUACCUUCUUUUGAAAUAAACAACUGGUUUCGAUGACUGAACAGAUAUGCUUACUUUACCAUACUCUAGAACCAACAAUCUGUAUAUUUCCUCCGUGGACUCUGAACAUUAAUGUCCUUUGGUACUAGGUGGGAUCACAACGACAUGGUUUAUAGAUUUUUAAUCCGAGGAGUCGUGAGUUGCUAGGGUGAGGGAUUACAAGAACCUCUAAAAAACAAUUUCUUAAAUGCAUGGUUCAAACGCACAAAAAUGAAAACAAAUCGAACUAUAUUGCUUGACUUGCUAAUUAUAUAUUUCUAUAUUCCUCCAUGCUUUACACAUCUACAUUAAAAAGUCAGACAUCACACUGCAAAUCUAUUUGUUCUGGAACGACAAGAUACAGUUUCAUAUCCUAUCGGCAACAAUUUAGAAGACUGAGAAUUUUGCUUUUUAACUUUUAAUUGUGAGAAACGUUGGCCUAAUCAAAAGACCCCCACCAGUUCAACUGUAAUGAGCUUGCGGCUGUCUGAAAAUCACUCCUGUUAACAUGUACAAGGUUUAGUAUGCUGUAAGCUGUUAUGAAUCUAAUAGACUAUUUGCUGGACAGUAUGUGCCAUGCCAUUAAAUAGCACUUAAUACAGUCACAGAUAUCACAUACUUGGUGACAUUAUGUUUGUGAUCAAGAAAGAUAAUUAUUCUACUUGCUAGUGAUCGUUACAGCAUUGUAAGGGACUAGAUUAAUUGGGUUUAGAAUUUAUUGGCUUCACAUUGAGGGGGGAGAGAACAACGAGGGUACAAGUUAAUACAUUUUGUGGUAAUUGGGGAUACAGGCUUAUUGCAGUGUUUUUUCUUAUGUAGGUAUGGAUGGUAAUCUGUCACACAUGGUAAUCUUUUGUAAUUUCUACUAGUGUUGGCAGAGCGCCAAAGGUUGCUACUAUUGGGAUUGGGAGACCAUUGUCGUCUGUUUAUUUGGAAGAUAAGAUAAUCCUGAAAGCAUAGAUUUAGUAUUCUAUCAUUGCUUUAUUUUUAUUUUUUUACAAAUAACUGGUUUGAAUUUUCUAGGAUAAUAAAGUAAUGCAACUUCAGCCUGGUUAAAAAAGGGGAAAUGUCUCCUUCAGAGAGGAUUGAAGCAGUUUAAAUAUGCACAAACUUGCAUUGUUACUGAAAGUGCCAAAUUACUGGAGAUAUUCCAGACCCGUCCUUUGUAUGACAGCAGAAUGUAUAACUCCUUACUAGCAGGAAUCCACAUGCUCCAAUCUGUUUUACAGUAACAGAGUUAGACUUCUUGUUCCAUCCACCUUCUAUGACCUGUUCCUUCCGAGGGCAUUGAAAGCUUUGCUCGAGUCAGUCUGGUUUAUAGGUUAGACUUUGCUGCACUAAAUAUUUUGACCAUCUCUGCAAAUGUAUUUUUGCCAGAAUUGUUACAGUUUUGAUUUACAUUAAAAGAUUAAUUUUUGAAAGGACUUGUGUUUUGUGUAAUCUGUCAUAUAGAUAAGACCUAGAUUAGAUAUCUAUUCCCAAAAGGUACCGCACUCCUUGAAAUGUUAACUCCUCUGUAUUCCUUACACAAUAGAAUCCAUUUAAACAGCAUUGCAAUAGUAACGUUGUAUUUACUACACCAGGGGUAGGC